CCGCCGCCCGCCCGCCCGGAAGUGCGUCGUCGGUUGCCGUCGGUUCCGGGCGGGAGCGCCGCGAGCCAGCAAAGGACGGGGCAGGACGGGGCCUUCGCUCUUUCGCUGGGCCGCGCGGGGUUGUUUUUUCCCCCCUCUUCCCCCUUCCGCGGGGCUCUUUUCCUUCCCUCAGCCCCUCGGGGAAGGCGAGUCGGGCGGCGUGGGCCUUUCCGCGGCCGGGGCCUGGGCUGAGGGCGCUGGAACUUUCUCCCCUCACGCGGCGGGGCGCGGUUUCCGCGGGGGGGGGGGGGCGAGGCCUUCUUCUUCUUCCCUCUCCCGGUAAUGGCUGAGGAGGCCUGAGGAGGAGGAGGGAUGGAUCCUGGUGGCGGAGGCGGCGGCUGCCCGGGACCCGCCACGGGCGGAGGCGGCGGAGGCGGCGGCGGCGGCUCGGGCGGAGGCGGGAAGCCGAACCUGCAAGUGGUGUACCAGGCCGUGCAGGCCCUGUACCACGACCCGGACCCCAGCGGCAAGGAGCGCGCCAGCCUCUGGCUCGGGGAGCUGCAGAGAUCGGUGAGCGGGGGGGGGGGAGGGGAGGGGGCGGCGAACCGCCUCCCCCCCCCAAUGUGGGGCGGGGGUUGGGGAGGGGAAGGGCAGCCCAGGCCCACCCAAGGCGCAUGGGGAGCCCCGGAGGGAAGGAGGAUUCCCCAGGCAAGGGCGCACGUGGGGGGCAGAGGGCCAGGCGUGGGGGUGGUUUUUUGGGGGGGGGAUCGGGGAGGGUCACGAGAGAGUAGUAGUAAUAAUAACAGUGGGGGGCAGAGGGCCAGGCGUGGUGGUGGUCGUGGGGAUUGGGGAGGGUCGAGGUGGGCUAUGGAGACAGGACGGGGAAAGGAGCUCAGAAAGUAGAAUAGUAGUAGUAGUAGUAAUAAUAUAAUAAUAGUGGGGGGCAGAGGGCCAGGCGUGGUGGGGGUGGGAUGGGAUUGGGGAGGGUCACGAGAGGCUCGAGGCAGGCCAUGGAGACAGGCGGGGAAAGGAGCUCAGGAACGGGAAUAGUCGUAGUAAUAAUAAUAAUAUUGGGGGGGCAGAGGGCCAGGCGUGUUGGGGGUGGGGGGAUUGGGGAGGGUCACGAGAGGGUCGUGGAAACAGGCAGGGAAAGGAGCUCAGAAACUAGAAUAGUAGUAGUAGUGAUGAUGAUGAUAAUAAUAAUUAAUAAUUAAUUGUACUCUGUCACCCCAAGUCGCUCGGGACGGAUGCAGUCAGGAAGGGCUUGGGCCUCCUGCACACCGGAUGGGGGUGGAAGGGUCUUUGAAGCCAAAGGGUCAGGCUCCUGUUCAGAAGGACCCUGUGGGAUUGGGCCGAGGUGGACGAGGAGGAGAGACCCUGGCAGGGAGGGAUAAGCUGGGGCUGUUGGGUCUGGGCAGGAGAGGGGCGUGGGAAGCAAGUGCCAGGGCAGCCAGAGGCGAGGGGUGCCAGAGGGUUGGGCAGAGGUCGGGUGAGCAAAGUAGCUGCGGGGGAUUCUGGGAGGGUGCUGCUCGGAAGGCUUGACAGGGUGUGUGUGUGCAGGCCUCAAGGCACAUUGGGUACGGGAAGCGGCUUUGGGAUAUGAGUAGACUUGGGGCUUUUGCAGAAUGCCGGUGCGUUCCCAUGUGAUGAGUUUUAAGGCAUCUUCCUAGGCCUUGCAGGGCAAAGGUGGGUUCCUGAGCAGUGGCUUCUCAAUCGGGUAGAAUCCAAGCCCUUCCCUUUCUCUUGUGCUCCCAACUGCAUAUGUAAGGGGACUGGGUUGCACCUUCACAACUGCCCACACCCAGCACCCUUUUUCAUUCUACUCCUUUUGCAACCGCCGCAGCAUGGGUGCUGGAGAAGUAGGCCCGGAGGCUCAUUCUGUAGAUGAGUAACUGUAGUCCUCUUUGGAGAACUGCGGUUGGUGCGUGAGAGAAGUUUCAGGCAUCGGAUUUAACUGGCUGUGCACUUUGUUUUUUUUUUUUUUAAAGCAAUUUAUUGGAUUUUACAAUAGGAAUAAAUGUAAUAAACAAUAUAACAUUCGUCUUAACAUUAUUUCACAUUUUCUUUGGACUUCCUCACAUCUCCCGCUCCCACCUUCAUCAUUAUAACAUUUUGUCAGCAAUUUAUCAUCUUAUUUAAGUUCUUCUAUCUCUUCGAUAUUUCAUAAUCUUAAAGUUCUCAUAAAGAGUUAAACUUUCACAGCUUUUCUUAUUUUCUUAAAAACUUCUAAGUUAAGUGGUGCUCAGUUAUUUAGUCUAGCAUCUUAUUCAGCAUUCAGUCAAAUCACAAUGCUUUUGUAGAUAGUUCUUAAAUUUCUUCCAAUCCUCCUCGAUUCUCUCUUCUCCCAGGUCACGGAUUCUGCCAGUCAUUUCAGCCAGUUGCAUAUAGUCUAUCAGUUGCAUUUGCCAUUCUUCCAGUGUGGGUAGAUCUUGAGUUUUCCAAUGUUUUGCGAGUAGUAUCCUUGCUGCUGUUGUUGCAUACAUAAAAAAUGUCUGGUCCUUCUUUGCCACCCCUUGGCUGACAAUACCCAAAAGGAAAGCCUCUGGUUUCUUAGUGAAAGUAUAUUUAAAUACCUUUUUCAAUUCAUUAUAAAUCAUUUCCCAGAACGCCUUCACUUUAGGGCAGGUCCACCAGAGGUGAAAGAACGUUCCUUCACACUCUUUACAUUUCCAGCACUUGUUAUCAGACAGGUGGUAAAUUUUUGCGAGUUUGACUGGGGUCAUAUACCAUCUAUAAAUCAUUUUCAUUACAUUUUCUUUCAAAGCAUUACAUGCAGUGAAUUUCAAUCCAUUACUCCACAGCCUUUCCCAGUCCUCAAACAUAAUGUUAUGCCCAAUAUCCUGUGCCCACCUUAUCAUAGCCGAUUAACUGGCUGUGCACUUUGUGGUGCAAGUCAUGGCACUCCUCUGCAGAAGAGGUGGGGAUUACAGUUCAAAACGAGUGUUGGAAGCACCUUAGCUUGAUCCUAGCCCAGUUCUGAGGAGUUGAAGAUGUAGAUACCGUAGACGUAACUGUUGUGACAGAUCUCUUGGCACCACGCACGGAUUCUUCAGCACUUGGCAUGGAUUUAUGCAGAGCUAAGCAAAUGUGUGUGUUGUCAAUUCGUGCUGUGCCAUAAACAUAAAAAACUGAAUCAUGGUGCUAACACUUCUCUCAAAAUAAACCCUGGUUUUAAAAAACACGCAGAGAUACUUCGCUGCAACCUGUGUAGUUUGACAAGCUGUUUGGAUUAAAAAGCAAAUCUUAUUGAUUUGGGAGUGUCGGUCAUGUCCCUUGUUGUAGUACGCUGCUUAAAUCCCUGAGGCUGUGGAAAAGUUGUCUCUCUUGGCCUCAGUCCUGAUGGUUUCCCUUAUCUCUAAUUUUUGCCAUGGUGCGUUUCUGUCCAGCUGCUCUGGGUUGUAACACCAGGGGGAGACUUAACUUCCUUUUAUUCCUCCCAGCGGCAAGCUUGCAUGCCUGGAUUAUUCUGAAACGGGCCUGGUUUGUGUUGUGGUAGCUUAUGCAAGUUCCCUGCCUUUGAAACUCUAAGCCUGCCUCUGAAUGCUCAGAAGCCCAGGCUUCAUUCGUGGAGGGUAGGAAGAAAAUCUAGCCCCUUUUACUUUAGCACGGGCCUUGAGCCUGCAUUUUUGCCCGGCUACGAAACUCACUUUGAAUGUGUGUGAGAUAAGGAACGCUGCUUGUACUUUGCCUCCCUCUCCUGGUCUUGCAGUUUCUCCCUGGGAAGCUGUAAGUUGCUUUCAGAGACCAGAGCUACAGGUUUCUGAGAGCAGAGCUACAGGUUACAGAUUCCAUGCAGGGCAGCAGCUUGGAGCCAAAGGAGCCUGAAUGGUUACUGGCUUCUUAAUAGCUUGAAUGCAACUGAUCUCGUCCUGAUUUCUUCUUUGCCCGGCCUAGGGAGCUGGGAGGAAGCCACUGCAGUGGGUGGCGGAGUGUAAGGUAACUUUUCCCUGCAAAUGUUGAUAAGGUUCGGGUGCAUUCUUGGGAGUCGCGCCCAUGUCUAAAGAUAGUUGCAAAGCCAGUGUGGCCCAGUUAGACCUGUCUUCUAGCCUUCCAUGGACCCAUUUUCACUAUUUUAGAGCACCAGAAAUUCCACGAAACAAGUGGACUCCCUUUUGGGGAUUACCGUCAAUAUGAAUGUGCUAAAGCUCUGGUAUGCAACUAGUUUUACUGCAGGACUACUUUGGGUACUGCUCUGACCAUGUGGUCUACAAUCCCUGUCCCGUCCCCCAGCUCACUUGUGGGAAAUGCUAUUUAUUUAUAGGAUAGUUAUUUUAUUUUGUUUUCUUAUUAAUACAUACAAAACAGGAACUCAAGGUACAAAGUUCUCCUUUUUCCCAUUUUCCUCACAACAGCCCUGUGAGGUAGGUUAGGCUUAGAGGUGGUGACUGGCCCCAAGGUCACCCAGUGAGAUUCAUGGCUGAGUGGAGAUUUGAACCCUGGUCUCACCUGACCUAACACUCUAACCACUGCACCACAUGCAUAUAAACAACGCUCAUAUCUUCCAGGGCAAUUCACAGUAAAAAUUCAUAAACAGUAUUCAUAAAUAAUAAUAAAGCAAUAAAUGAAAUAAUAAUAAUAAACUUUAAUAACUAGUCAGUUGUAAAAGCACCGGAAGAGCCUCCAUGACAGUAGAAUUACAUAAUAAAACAGCCAGUGUUUAGAACUUGUUGAAACGUAAUUUUAAAAUAUUCUGGGCGCAGCCUCCUUGCACUUCUCUCACCUCUGGGUUUGCAGCUUUAGGGCCCAAUAUAAAGGACUGCUCAUCUCAACAAAAAAAUUCCCAUUUCUGGUUUACUGCAAAAUGCAUGCCGGGCUGGUCUUCUCAGAAAGUUCUUACUUUGCUUUUCUCUCCCGCAGUCAUUCAAGGAGGACAACUGGUGUGCCACUGGGCUCUUGGGACGCCUUCUUAAACCCCAAAUCUACUCUUUAUCUUUCAGAAUCAUGUGCUUUGGAGGAUUUAGGCUUGUUCAAAUAUCCUAGAAGUAGGGAAAGUGUCCAGCUGCGACAUUCAGCAAUAAUUGUGCAUUUUGGCAUCUUAAUGACUGACAGAUUUAUUGUGAUACAGUGGUACCUUGGGUUACAGACACUUCAGGUUACAGACACUUCAGGUUACAGACUCUGCUAACCCAAAAAUAGUACCUCGGGUUAAGAACUUUGCUUCAGGAUGAGAACAGAAAUCAUGCUCCGGCGGCAGCAGGAGGCCCCAUUAGCUAAAGUGGGGCUUCAGGUUAAGAACAGUUUCAGGUUAAGAAUGGACCUCUGGAACGAAUUAAGUUCUUAACCCGAGGUACCACUGUAUGUGCUUUUGUAGGUAAGGAAGUGAGUAAAGGAUAGACCCUAUGGGAUGGGAGGGGUUAACCCUUCCAUACUAAAAACAGGCAUGUGCUUGAGUCCAUUUUAAGGUAUCUAAAGGAGAAAUAGAAAAAGGUAGGUUCAGGCGUGCCCAGAAUUCAUGUGUGUCUUUUUUAUACAGGCAUUAAUAUGAGUGCAUGUGCUUACCUGGUAAAUCCUCCCGCUAAAUCCAGUGGAGCUUAUUUUCCAGUAAAUGUAUACAGUAGUAGGUUUACCUUUUAAGGUGGCCAAAGACUUUGCUCCAGUUAACUAGAAACACAAACAGUCUAUGUUCUAGAGAUGGUACGUUAAAGAUGCCUCCCAAGCUGAGAAUAAGCCUAGUGGCUUAGACUCAUAGAGUUGGAAGGAAACCUGAGGAUCAUUUAGCUCUGGGGCGGUCAGACCAGUGACCGGGGCAUUGUCAGAACCAUGCUCUAACCAGCACAGCUGCAUGAAAUAGCCUGUGAGCCAACAUCUUUGCUUCAAAUCUUACCUUUGCCAGAAACUCGCCUGGUGGGCUUGGACAAACCGACUCUUCUUUCCAUCUUGUCUCCCAUCCAUUUUUAUCCUAUCCCUUUCCCUUGUAGGUGUGGGCAGUACACAAGACCCACCCACCCACCCACGCUUUAAUCCCCAUAACUCUGUGAGAUAGGUUAGACCAGGGGUCAGCAAACUUUUUCAGCAGGGGGCCGGUCCAUUGUCCCUCAGACCUUGUGAGGGGCCGGACUAUAUUUUGAAAAAAUAAAACGAACGAAUUCCUAUGCCCCACAGAUAACCCAGAGAGGCAUUUUAAAUAAAAGCACACAUUCUACCCAUGUAAAAACACCAGGCAGGCCCCACAAAUAACCCAGAGAUGCAUUUUAAAUAAAAACACACAUUCUACUCAUGUAAAAACACUCUGAUUCCUGGACCGUCUGCGGGCCGGAUUGAGAAGGCGAUUGGGCCUCAUCCAGUCCCCGGGCCUUAGGUUGCCUACCCCUGGGUUAGACCGAGAGAGAUCAUAAUCUCGCUUGCAUAAAUUGCAAGGACCUCAUUGGCACUUGGCCUUUGGAGACCUAAGUGGCUGAGGACCCAGACACCUGGAGGAACAUGGGACUCACAGAAUUGCAGCAUUUGAGGGGAUCACGAGGGUCAUCUAGUCCAACCUUCCCCCCGCAAUGCAGGAAUCUUUUGGGUUAUUUAUUUAUUUUGUAUUUCCCCCCUGAUGAUUCAUUACUGCCAUCCAGUGUAAGAGCUGUCCUCGUAGAAUUGGGCAUCACCCUGGCAUCACUUCUCUUCCUCUUACCUAGAGGGGCAGACAUGACCGAAGAUGAGCAAUUGUCGUGAGUGAGAUGAUUGAGCAAAAAUGCUGACUCUGGCACGUCGAGCCUUUUCUGUUCUGCAUGCCGUUAUUUUGCUCUUUGUUCGAUUCUGUUCCAGUUCUGCUGUGCAAAGAACUUUAUAGCCGCUCUUUGAUCACGUGAAACGCUGUCCCGUGGAACUUACUGGUGAUCCAAAUCAGUCUCCCUUAGCUUGCUGCUCUCCAGAUGUUUGGAGCUGCAACUUUCAUAAUCGAUUCUGGGCACCAUGGCCAUGUGGAAGCAGCAGUGUCACUUGUGUGGGUUUGCCCGUGAUGCUUCCCAUUUGGCUGAAUCAGAAGAGUGCGGCGUUAAAGGGUCUGUCCUAGUAGGCAUCUGAGGUGUGGCUGGCCCUCCACAUUGGUGCUGUGGCCGAGAGAGGUCCUUGUCAUCCCCGCGAGAGUCUUCCUUGUUGACGUUCAAUUCCUGGCCUCCAAGGCCAAAUCUCUCUAGGCGUUUUGUCUCCUAGACUUCUCCCUCCAUAGGAAAUAGGUAAAGGGGCCCCUGACCAUUAGGUCCAGUCGUGGCUGACUCUGGGGUUGCAGCGCUCAUCUCGCUUUACUGGCCGAGGGAGCCGUCGUACAGCUUCCGGGUCAUGUGGCCAGCAGGACCAGAGCAGUGCACGGAAACGCCGUUUACCUUCCCGCUGGAGCGGUACCUAUUUAUCUACUUGCACUGGUGUGCUUUCGAACUGCUAGGUUGGCAGGAGCUGGGACCGAGCAACGGGAACUCACCCCGUCGCGGGGAUUCGAACCGCCGACAUUCUGAUUGGCAAGCCAAAGAGGCUCAGUGGUUUAGACCACAGCACCACCCGCGUCCCCUCCAUAGGAAAUACUUUCCCCCUUUUUAUAGUGCCAUCUAAGCCCAUUGCACUUGGUUAGAGGACAGGUCCUCUCUUCGAUUGCUGGUGUGAGCAGGAGGGUUGGCAGAGGCGCCGACCUACUUGAAGGAUCCCGUUUCCACUUUCAGGGAAACGAGACACUCUUGCCUGUGGAGAACUCUCUUCCCCUGGUUCCCCCGUAUUCAUUUCAGGCGUCGCCCUGGGCUCUUUUGUGCAUUUGCCUGCUGGGUGGCUUUCGGGACAAAGCCAGGCCCGCUCACGACCUCCAGAUUAAUGCAUUUUCUGCAGCAUUUGGGACUUGCACAGGAGUGAGUCAGGAGGCGCUGCAGAAGGAGGACAUUCCACUCUGUUCCCAAAACGGGUUUCCAUUCAAGCCCUUCAAUAUAUUUUUAUUACUCCUAAUCUGUUGAGGGGGUUGUGCAUGGCGAUCCAGUUUCAUUCUUGACUAGAGCAUGUAGGCAGGCGGUGCAAAGGGUUUUGCAGUAUUUAAGAGGAAGCUGGGGGGGUAGCGUAGCAGUUGAGAUCCAGACAUCCCAGCGAAGAGAGGGGCUGUGUUUGCAGUGGUGACCCAGGCAGUACUCGGGCCUUACCUGGGAGUCACCUGAUGUGGGAGGCGCCCCCUCCCCUUCUCCAGUGAUUGGCCGCUGGUUGCAGCCCCUUAGUGUUGGGGGGGGGAGAAACUUUGCACAUGCUCAGAGCUGCUCUUCUCAUGACAGUUGCUGCAUAUAUUGCAGAGUUGAUCUCUAGCUCUGAGAAAGAUUCUUGAGUUGUUCUUUUGGAAGGCCUUGUUCGAAUUAUUCCCCGUGUCGAGGAAGGGUUAGGUGGGGAUGGAGAGAAAUGUCUGAAAAUAAGAGGAGAGUGGCGAGGAGAACAGUGCGUGGGAGAAACUAAAAAUCAGGUGUCGGCUAGAUGCCUGGGGAAGAAGAUACCAAGUAGAAAAAUAAUAAAAAGUCCGUCUAGCUUAUAGUAUCCUGGAUUGAGGCAUUUUAUUGAAAGGUUCACCUGUCCCCCUUGGGCUGAAAUUCUUUCAGAGUAUCCUCACCCCUCUCACCAAUGGUUUAGGCCAGGCAUGUCCAAAGUCAGCUUCAGGGGUCUAACCCGGCCCACCGGUCGGUUUAAUACGGCCCCUAAAAAACUCAACAACUUCAAUCCUAAACUUUGGUCGGCCCCCACGGCCCUUCACUUCAUCAUACCUGGCCCUCUUUGAAAAAAGUUUGGACACCACUGGUUUAGGCCCAGACAGCCAUGCUGCUCCUCCAGGAUGCUAUAAACUAGACGAUUUUGACCACAACUCCCAACACAGUGUGCCAGCUGGCCCAAACCUCUGUUCCUCCCGAUUCCCAUUUUGCUCUUCCAACUAAUCACUAACAUUUCAUGACUACUAAAGAUGCAGAUGCUGUUGUCAUUAGGCUGGGUUUUUUGUUUAAAUAGAUAUUGUAAAUUUUGGAUUUUUUUUUUUUUUUUGUGCUUUGCAAAUCUGCCCCCUCUUGAGCACGCUGAUAACCUCCCUCUUGUUUCUCUGUAGCACAGUUUUUACUCCCGUUUUGGCCGACACCCACCACCCGAUUUCACUACUGGAGGCAGUGAUGUGUUAGACAAGAGCAACCCAGAACAUUUCACCUCCCUUUUUGGAGACUCACUCCUAGUUGGCAUAGGCAAGGGGUUGGCUCAGUGGGCCAGAGGCCACUUUCUAUGCUCGUAGCCUCCAUGGUUACUUGCCCAGGGCAACUAGACAAAAGUGGCUCUUUGCUAGCUGCUGUGGCACAUUCCCCCCAAGGGCCUCUUCAAAUGCACUUGAGUCAAUGGUUCUCUUCUCCUCCUGCAACGAGUCAGUGUCUGGUGGCUCAACAAUCUUACACAGAGUGUUAGAAACUCAGCUAUAUAAUGCAGUAGCCAAAUGGCACCUUGCAUCUAGGUUACAGUUGCCACCACGGAAUGCCUAGGUGCCAUUUUCUUUUGCAAUGAAAUUAUUAUUAUUAUUUAUUAUUAUUUCAUUUCUAUACCUCUUUAUAUUUUAAAGGAAAAAAACCUCAAAGCAAUUUACAACAAAUUAUAACUUCAAAUAAAACAAUCCAGAAUAAAACAAAUUCAAGGUUCAAGGAAAAUAUUUCAGAUCUUUCCCUAAGGGACAUUUUGCUUUCCCCAUGUUUAUUCGCCUAAUAAUUUAUAUAGCUGCCCCUAGUAGAAGUGGAUGCGGGUUGCGCUGUGGGUUAAAACACAGAGCCUAGGGCUUGCCGAUCAGAAGGUCGGCGGUUCGAAUCCCCAUGACGGGGUGAGCUUCCGUUGCUCGGUCCCUGCUCCUGCUAACCUAGCAGUUCGAAAACAUGUCAAAGUGCAUGUAGAUAAAUAGGUACCGCUCUGGCGGGAAGGUAAACGGCGUUUCCGUGCACUGCUCUGGUUCGCCAGAAGCGGCUUAGUCAUGCUGGCCACAUGACCUGGAAGCUGUACGCCGGCUCCCUCGGCCAGUAAAGCGAGAUGAGCGCCACAACCCCAGAGACGGUCACGACUGGACCUAAUGGUCAGGGCUCCCUUUACCUUUACUGUAGCUGAAGUACUCCAGGAAGCCAGUGUGGUGUAGUGGUUAGAGUGUCGGACUAGGACCUGGAAAAUCAAGGUUCAAAUCCCCGCUCAGUCAUGAAGCUCAGUGGGUGGCCUUGGACCAGACAUAGCUGCCUAACCUACCUCGCAGUGUUGUUGUUGAGAUUUACUGAGGAGUUGGGGGGUGAACCAUGUACGCCUUGGAGAAAAAGACAGGAGAGAAGUGCAACGAAUAAGCUCUUCUGCUUACCUGCGUAAGAAAGCCAGAUGGAGAGGUCAGUUGUCAACCUGGCGCCCACAGAUCUCCACAUAGUCGCAACUGGACCCACACCAAAUGUGCCUGUCUAAUUUCUAACACUGCUCACAUACUCAGGAUCUUGCAAGUUAUGACCUUUGUUGAUGCAUCUGCUGGCAUUUUUAUGAAAUCUUUUGAAAAAUCUUUCCUGUGGGUGGUGAUUUUGGGCUUUCAUAACGGCCCCUCUCUUCCUUCCUCUCCUCGACUGCCUGUUUGGCCCAAAAGUUGAGAAGCAGCGAACUUUCCUUAAGUCCAAUUUCUCCUCUUGGAACUCUUUCCUUGCCAUAAGACAUGACAGCGUUAACGCUGAUAGUCUUUCUGAAGUUUGGUUGUAGUCUGAAUCAGGUUUGCCCUUGAUUAAUUCAUUUUAGUUCACGUUACUGUUUCGAAACGUUCAAAUCGAAAUCGCCUCGGAUGUGCUUAAAACUGGUUGUCAACUGCUUUGGAAAGGUGGUGGCGUGCCCUGAAAGGCUGUUUAUAAAUCUCCAAACCCAUAAAGGAGAAGUAAAUUAUCUUCUUCCCCAACCAAGACUGUGACCUGGGGGCAGCUUUGAGCGGUCUUGUGGCCUCCCCAGGAAGCUGGUGGGCAGCAAUCCCCACAACUGAUGGGGAUACCCCAAAUCUCAGUCUUUCAGGCAAACGCUGAAGACUGCAGCAGGUUGCUUUCUGGAAUCUAAAUAGAAUUGUGGUACAUACAUGCAAUCUACCCCCCUAAAACAGUUAACAGUCUGGCCCAAAGAUGGAAACAGGAAGAAAUUUCAACAGUGGAAGAAUGGAGAAGGAAAUUGACCAAAUAUGCAGAAUUGGACAAAUUGACUGGGAAGAUUCGAUACCAGAAAGACCAAAAGUUUAUCGAGGGCUGGGGGAAAUUUACAGAAUAUCUGAAAAAUAUAUGUGAUGUACAGACGCUUGUUGGUUUUGAAGAGACUCUGUGAAAUAGUAAGAAAUACUGCAAAAAAGAGAGAGGAAAAGGAGUGGGGAAAGGCAAUAUCAUGUUUAGAAAUGCAUCAAUAAAUAGAAAUUUUUCAAAAGAUUGACAGAGAAACUGAGGGAAGUCAAAAAUUGAAGCAUGAGUGUAAAAUAAUUUGUUGACUGUAUAAAACUUGUUUGGAAAAUGAAUAAAAAUUAUUUUAAAAAAUAAAAAUAAAACAGUUAACAAUCGCUUUGGGAAUUGGGUUUCUAGUGCAAGGUCUCCUUGUCUGGAAACUCAUCAAUAUUUCAGCUCCAUCCUCCAAAUAGCUUGUUUGCCGCAAUUAAACUUCCCGUGGUGAUUCCUACAAACUUUCCCAAGGCAGCAGCAAUAUGUUUUUUUUUUUAAAAAAGCCAGUUAUUUCUUUCCUGCUGCCUUUCUUUGUCUGUUUGGGCAUUUCAGAUCCUCCCGAGAACCGUUUUCACAGACCGUUUUCACAAGACCGUCGGUGGGUAACUAACUUGGUGCCCUCUGGACGCUGCUGGACUGCAAAGCGCAUCAGUUGCUUAGAGCGUGGCGCUGAUAAUGCCAAGGUUGCAGGUUCAAUCCUGCAUUGCAGGGGUUGGACUAGAUGACCCUCGGGUCCCUUUCAACCAGGGUGGAUAAAAACCAAUGAUUAAAAAAAUAAUAAUCAAAUUUUAAAAAUUUAAAUCGGAUUUUUUAAAAAUUUAAAUCAGAUUUUUAAAAUAAUAUGCUUUUGGAGAAAAAAUCUUUCUAAUGGUAGUUUUCUAUUUAAGUUACAUUAUAGUUCAAAGGCAGGAAAUAAGGAUUUGUUUUAGGUUUUUCAUGUGUGCUAUUUUUUUAAAAAAUUGUUUAACCACAUUAGUUAACAAACCUGGAUACGUAUGCUAUAAUGUUAUUGUUUUAGUUAAAUAAAUAGUUAUUAAGGAAAUGUUUGUUUUUCUCCUUCCAAUAAACUACAGCAGAAAAGUUGUCCAAAUAAAAACAGUUAACUUAUUAAACCUCACAAUAAUUUCAUAAUUAUCGGUCUGUGUAUUUCUAGCAGUAUAACCAAAUCAGUAAUUUUUUAUAUCUGUAAAAACUGCUCUGAAGAUUUAUUAUUCCAAAAACUAAACCUUCAUCUGGUUGCAAAUGUUAAGAUUAUACCAGCGAGAAUGAGUCUUUCUUUAAAAACAUGUUUUAAAUCAAAUCUUACUGACUGGUGAUUUAAAUCGUGAUUUAAACCGAUUUGAUUUAAAUCAAAUCCACCCUGCUUUCAACUCUGAUUCUGUGACCAUUUGCCUUGCUGGCUGUGGCUGAUGGGAACUGGAGUACCCAUUGGUUUCCCCUGAGUUCCUGUGCCCCUCAAUGAUUCUUGCAACUUUAUACGAUUCCUGUUGCAGGCUGAAGUGACUGCUUUCAUUCCCUCUCCCUUUUUUGCAGUUGUCAUUUAGUCGUGUCCGACUCUUCAUGACCCCCUAGACCAGAGCACGCCAGGCACUCCUGUCUACCACUGCCUCCCGCAGUUUGGUCAAACUCAUGCUGGUAGCUUCGAGAACACUGUCCCACCAUCUCGUCCUCUGUGGUCCCCUUCUCCUUGUGCCCUCCAUCUUUCCCAACAUCAGGGUCUUUUCCAGGGAGUCUUCUCUUCUCAUGAGGUGGCCAAAGGAUUGGAGCCUCAGCUUCAGGAUCUGUCCUUCCAGUGAGCGCUCAGGGCUGAUUUCCUUCAGAAUGGAGAGGUUUGAUCUUCUUGCAGUCCAUGCGACUCUCAAGAGUCUCCUCCAGCGCCAGAAUUCAAAAGCAUCAAUUCUUCGGCGAUCAGCCAGUGUGGUGUAGUGGUUAAGAGCGGUAGUCUCGUAAUCUGGUGAACCGGGUUCGCGUCUCCGCUCCUCCACAUGCAGCUGCUGGGUGACCUUGGGCCAGUCACACUACUUUGAAGUCUCUCAGCCCCACUCACCUCACAGAGUGUUUGUUGUGGGGGAGGAAGGGAAAGGAGAAUGUUGGCCGCUUUGAGAUUCCUGAAGAGGAGUGAAAGGCGGGAUAUCAAAUCCAAAACUCUCUUCUCUUCAGCCUUCUUUGUGGUCCAGCUCUCACUUCCAUACAUCACUACUGGGAAAACCAUAGCUUGAACUAUGGUACCAUUAAAACAGAUCUGUCAAUUACAGUUGUAUAGCCAGUGUGUGUGUGGGCUUGUGCGUGCUUGCCAGCCUGUUGGAUCUAUUCAUUUUUCUACAUCUACUCCUUCCCCUUUUUCUUGAGGACAGUGGUGUAACAUCCUGCCUGGGACUGGGAGGAUAGCAAGUUGGGUGCAACAACCUUGCCCCGGAAAAGAGAGUGGGUGUGAAGGCUGUGUCGUGGUUGUUUCCUCUUUGCUUUAAAAGAUAAAGGAAGUCUUUUAUUUGGUUGUUUGUAUUGUUGAGCAUGUUAUGUUCACGUUUAACGAGGGUGGAUUUGUGUAUUGGGGGGUUGGGGGCGGUUGUGUCGUAUUGUAAAUAAAAUUCCAAUAAAAUUAAAAUAAAAAAAUAAAAUAAAGGGAGAAAUGCAACUCAUUCUACACUCCAUCCCAGGUAGGGAGGAGAAAGCCGUCCCCACAGUGCCACAAAUGACCAAUAGUCUUACAAGAGUUGUAGGGCAUUCCUAGGAGGAGAAGAAAAGCAGAGUUUUGUCGAGGUUUGUGUCCAUGCAGCGCGGUGUAUGAGAGCUGCACGGGUCCCUGGCAGAAUAGGGGCCAGAGCUGGAUGGUUAUGGUGGUCAGAGUUGGUUGCACACCAAGAUCCGGAACCCCAGAGCCCUGCCGUCCAGGGUGAGGAGGAGAGAUCAAGGUCCAGGGGUGUAAAGACUGCGGAGAGAAUAAUUGGGUAUUCUUCCCACCUUGGAUCAAAUCUAUGCUUCCAGGUGCCAUAAGAAAGCUGCUGGGAUAGCGCAGGAUAGUGCGCACCCCGGAAAUGAUCUCUUUCAGCUUCUGCCUUCUGGAAGAAGGUACAGGGUUAUAAAGACUAGGACUUAGCCGCCUGAGAAACAGUAUCUAUCCAAAUGUGAUUUUGGUUUUAAACGCAGUGUAAGGUAGUCUCUGUGGGAGUAUAUUGUAUUUAAUAGUUUUUAGGGGGCUAACCAGGCUGGGAUAGCUAGGAUAGCAAGCUUGUUGGUUUUUGAAUGUCUGAUGUCGAUUUUUUCAGUUUUGUUGUUCUGUAUGGGACAGUGACAAUAAAGAUUACCGUAUCGUCUGGGGCAGCCAAGUCCAGGCAUGCCAAAGGUGGGAGCCAAAUCCAUCUGCUCAAGGAGCAGGAAGGGGGGGGGUCGUGGACACAGAGCAGGCGCUUGUACAUGAGGCCUGGUAGCCUGUUGCUCCGGGUCGGACCCCGGAGACUUGAUGCUUUCCCUUUAGUGGCCUCAAACAAGACUUGCUACUAGUUUUGAAUUGCGCCCUAUCUGACAGCUUGCUGUAGAUCAGGCCUUCCCAAACAUUUUGGGGGCCCUGCUCCCUUGGCUGGUUCCAUAAACUCAUCCCCAGCACACCCUGACCUAUGAAAAGCAUAGUUCAGAAUAGUGGUUGGCGCAGCCCACUAAGGAAGUUCAUAACACAGUGAAAACAGUAACAAUCAAUUGCAUGUUUAUUCAAAAUGCUGUUAAAACUGUUUAAUUAAUUCAGUAAACUGGAUGGACUCAAUCCAGCUUUUCAAAGUCAGAUCUUUACAUCUCCAGUACUUCCCCCUCUUCCCCAUUCCCCAUUCCAUUCACUUCCAAAUCUGGGACACCUAACUAAACUAAAAAUCUAAUAACUGAAUAAUAAUAAUAACUGAAAGCAUACAAGUUUUUAGGGUCUUUUGGGAGAUCGGGGAACUCCUUCGCUGGCUGUCUUUUGCAACUGAUCUAUGAAACAGGUUCUUUGGAGCUUGAAGCCGCUGAUAAACACACAAACGCCACACCUGCCUUUUUUGCCCUGAUGGCAUCCAUUCCCCCUUUGUCUCGCCCCAAGGUCCACGCCUGGGAGAUCUCGGAUCAGUUGCUGCAGAUCCGGCAGGAUGUGGAAUCGUGCUACUUUGCCGCUCAAACCAUGAAGAUGAAGAUCCAGACCUCGUUCUACGAGCUCCCGACGGACUCCCACGUCUCGCUGCGGGACUCGCUGCUCACCCACAUCCAGAACUUGAAAGACAUGUCCCCUGUCAUCGUCACCCAGGUGAGCAGUGAACCCCACGUUUGUGGGGAGAGAGUGGCCAUUUCAGAAGGCAGCCACCAGCUUGCAUGGCUUUUAAAGGGGGCUUCAUGGAGGGGUAUCUUUUAUCGGUGGUUACUGGCUGGGUUGGUUUGUGCGCUGCCUCCACUGCCAGGUAGUAUGCCUCCCAUUGAAACCAGUUGAACAAUACCAGUUGCUGGAAACCACAGGAGAGGAGAAGGCUCUUGUGCACAGGUCCUGCUUGCAUCUAGUUAGCUACUGUGAGAACAGGAGUCUAGACUAGAUGGGACGCUGGCCUGAACCUGCAGACCCAUCUGAUGUUCUUUUAACCUUUAAAGCCCUUUACGGCCUAGGUACCUACGGGACCGCCCCUCCUGGUAUGUCCCACAGAGGACCUUACGGUCUUCAAACAAAAACAUCUUGGAGGUCCUGGGCCACAGGGAGGUUAGGCUGGCCUCAACCAGAGCCAGGGCCUUUUCGGCCGUGGCCCCGACUUGGUGGAACGCUCUGUCACAAGAGACUAGGGCCCUGCGGGACUUGACAUCUUUCCGCAGGGCCUGCAAGACGGAGCUGUUCCACCAGGCCUUUGGCCCAAGGCACAGUCUGACCCCCUCCUUUGGUAAUCCUCGCAGAACUCUGGCCCAGUGUUUGCCAUUAAUUAGAUUUUGAACUGAUUUUAGAAUGCUGUAUUACUUUACUGUUGUUAGCCACCCUGAGCCCGGCCUUGGCUGGGGAGGGUGGGAUAUAAAUAAAAAAUUAUUAUUAUUAUUAUUAUUAUUAUUAUUAUUACCUAUUGGCCCUGGCAGCUCAGUGGACUCUCAAAAGGUAGCCUGCCUCUUCCUCAGUCUACCUCCGAAUGCCAGUCUGGUGACUGGGGAACAACAGCGGGCACCUGCCUUUAGCCUUCGUGUCUGUUUUGGGGGCUUCCUGGCUGUUUAGUGUCAAGCAGGGUUCUUGGACCCGAUUGACCCCUUGGUCUGAACUCAUCCAGCAGGCAGCUCUUACAUUAACUGAAAGCCAGGCACAAUUGCAGCGGACCGUUUCUUGCGGUGGGGAGCUACAUCUUUCAUUUUAUAUAUAUAUAAUUUUUAUUGAAUGAUUUUAUGUUACAAGAAAAUAAUACAACCAUAAUACCACUAAAUAUAAUUAAGAAAUAAAAAUUACAUACAUCAAUAUUUAAUUUGUUAUUUACCGUCUUAUUUCCUCCCAAACAUUCCAUACAAAAAGACACAUAUGUACAGACACAUACCCACCCACACAAAAUGAUAAUAAUGAAAGUAAAUAUUUCCCCCCCUUUUAUUUUACAAAAUCUUUUCUUCAACUUGGACUUCCUGUCAAGUCCCUUUGCAUAUAUUUUAUCUUGCAAUCGAAUGUACACAAAACAAUAAACCUUUCUAUAUAAAUUUUCCGAUACAUUCUGAAAACAUUAUAAAUCCUUAAUUGUUAUCCACCUCCUUUUACUUCCUUUGUCACUCGAAUGCUAGCACGGAGUCAAAACUAUUAUUGUAUUUUUGAACAUAUCUUCUAUAACCAUCCCAUUUUCCCACAAAUAUUUGCUUUGAGUUUCCUCUGAGUUUCCUAGUCAGUUGAGCCGUCUCCACCAAUUCCUGUAAUUUGAUUUGCCAGUCUGUUAUUUUUGGAGCCUUGUGGCCAAGGGAUGGAAAGGGGAGCUACAUCUUUUAGCUGGAAGCGCCUGCCUUUGACUUGUGUUCUCCCACCGCCUCUCUUCCCCUGCAGCUUGCGUUAGCCAUAGCAGACCUCGCCCUACAGAUGGCCUCCUGGAAGGGCUGUGUGCACACACUGGUUGAAAAGUAAGUGGCUCCCUUUACAAAUCUCCCUCUUCUCCCCACUUCCCACCUCCAGUUAAACCUUCUGUACCUUGUAAUGGUUUUACAAAGUGCUGAUGACAUGAGAUGGCCCCGGGUGUGUGAAGUGGUAAACCCAGAUGAGGUGCUUCUGUGUAAAAGCAGAUUCUCUUGGGGUGGUGGUCGUGGGCUGCCCUUCUGGGCCUUCGGAAACGGCUUCCAGCCACGUGGGGAGCUGCGUGUCACAGGUGGGAGAGGUUUAGUGGGUCUGGGGACUGCCUGUUGGUUUAAUCGUGCUUUGCUUUUUCAUGCACAUGGUUGCGUUCCAACUGACAACCUGAAACUUAGCAGAAAACGGUGAAGAGUAAAAUCGAUUUAGGGACGGCUUGCUUAGUAAGAACAGCAGCACCUCCAGCCUUUGCUCACAAACAAGCACCCAUCAAAGGUGUAUUCAAACUAAACAGUGUUUGUGAUUUUUGUCAAAGUGGGGAAGGGCAGAGGCUAAAUGAUGAUCUGAAUGGUGGGGGCUAGGGACCGCCACUGACAAGGUCCUGCCCCACAUACUCGCUAAGGGUACCAGUAUAGGAGCCAACUCCUAGGGGCUAAGGUCCCUUUUGUCCGUACGACUGAGCUGAAAUGGCUAUUCCUCCGGCUGUAUCUUCGGAAUCUCCUCUGACUGUGAUUAACGACCUAAGCCUUUGAAUGAGACUUCAGGCACGCUCCCUAUAGCGCAGAGUACCCAGACAGCAGCAGAAGGAGGCAGAAAUAUGUGUUACAUUGCUACUUUAUUUCUGCCUGUCCAUGUAGACAGCACUGAACUAGAUGGACCAAGGGCAGCUAGUAGGCAGACUGGACCCAAACUGUGUAGGGCUUUAAAGGCCUCAACCGGCACUAUGAAUCAGGCUCUAAAUAUAGCAUUGUACAGGCAGCAGUAUUUCUGACUUCCUUUUCAACAUCUUCACUUACUCUUAAACUGUAUUCUUAAGCCAGCCUGUUGUCUAUGCAGAAACUGGCUUGACCGAAUGAGAAUAUAGGUUACAGCUGCGAUAGGUAAAGGUAAAGGGACCCCUGACCAUUAGGUCCAGUCGUGACCGACUGGGGUUGUGGCGGUCAUCUCGCUUUAUUGGCCGAGGGAGCCGCCGUACAGCUUCCGGGUCAUGUGGCCAGCAUGACUAAGCCGCUUCUGGCGAACCAGAGCAGUGCAUGGAAGCGCCGUUUACCUUCCCGCCGGAGCGGUACCUAUUUAUCUACUUGCACUUUGACGUGCUUUCAAACUGCUAGGUUGGCAGGAGCUGGGAGAGAGCAACGGGAGCUCACUCCGUCGUGGGGAUUCAAACCGCCGACCUUCUGAUCGGCAAGUCCUAGGCUCUGUGUUUUAACCCACAGCGCCACCCGUGUCCCUUUAAAGCUGCGAUAAAGAGUCCAAAUUAUUUCAGAGCUGAGAAGCAGUAUUCUCAAUCUCCUUGGAAGACAAAACCAUAACGCCAGAUAGAUUAAAGGGGGGGGGAGUAACCUGGACAAUUGCAGCUCUGUUAUUUGCCACGGAGGCAGGGGUGCAAAUUUGUGUGUGUGUGUGUUUUUAAAGCACGAAAACAUGUUUAUCAUGCUUCGCCCUGCUCUUGCAUGGGACUUCCAGGAUUGCUUAACUGAGCGACUGAUCAAGUCCAAACCUGCAUAGCAUUAGUAGUUCUUAGGCAAUCGCCCAGGAUCUUUUGCCCAGCUAGGACAGCCACCCUCUGGGAUCGGGGUCAAGAACUUGGGGGCCCCUAUUGCUGGCGGGCUGGCGGGGGGUACCCCUAGCAGUCCCCUUUCAUUGCCACCUCACGUUUCUCCUCUCUUCCCUUCCCCCAACGCCCCCCCUCCCUCGCCCUGGAACCCCAGGUACAACAAUGACGUGACCUCGCUGCCCUUCCUACUGGAGAUCCUGACCGUGCUGCCGGAGGAGGUCCACAGCCGGUCCCUGCGCAUCGGAGCCAACCGCCGCACUGAGAUCAUCGAAGACUUGGCUUACUACUCCAGCACAGUGGUCUCUCUGCUGGUAAGCAGCCAGGAAAGAGGGAGGGCCUGGGAGCCGGUUGGGUGGACUCGGCACGGAGGUGGGAAGGUCUGGGUUCAAAUCCUCACGUAGCCCUGGAGUUCAGUGGGCAACUUGGGGCCUCUCAGCCUAGUCUACCUCCCUGGACGACUGUGAACUUAAAGUUGCAUGCUCCUAGGGUGUGUGUCUGUGUCUAGGGCCUGAUACCUCAUAGGCUGCCUGCAAAGUAAUGGGGAGGGGACCUAUUGCUUUCCUUUUUCAAUUUAUGGAGAUUUUACAGCUUAGCAAAAAUUACAUAGAAUUGUAGAGUUGGAAGGCACCCCAAGGAUCAUCUAGUCCUGCCCCCUGCAAUGCAGGAAUCUCAACUAAAGCAUUCAUGGCGGGUUAAUAAUAAUAAUAAUAUUUUUACCCCGCCCUACCCAGCCAAGACCGGGCUCAGGGCGGCUAACACUAGGUAUAAAAACAAUUGAUUCAAAUACGACUUAAAAACAAGAUUAAGUACAGCAUUAAAAUGCAGCCUCAUUUCAGUAGAAACUCAAAUCAAAGCUUUUUGUGGAUGAAAACGUCAAAUCUUCACCAAGGCCAACUAUCCAGACUGGUCCUACGUGGGCCAGAAAAAAGCCAGGGAAGUCCCCAAAUAGGAGUUCCAUCACAGAAGGAAAAAGGAAAGAGGGGGAGGGGAUCAAGUUGAUUCCAAGCCAAAGGCCAGGCAGAACAACUCUGUCUUACAGGCCCUGCGGAAAGAAAUCAGAUCCCGCAGGGCCCUGGUCUCAUGAGACAGAGUGUUCCACCAGGCUGGAACCAGUGCUGAAAAGGCCCUGGCUCUGGUUGAGGCUAAUCUGACUUCCUUAGGGCCCAGGACCUCCAGGGUGUUGCUAUUUAUGGACCUUAAGGUCCUCCAUGGGCCAUACCGGGAGAGUCGGUCCCGUAGGUACGAGGGUCCUAGGCUGUAUCUAAUCUGUGCAUAAAAACCUCUGAACAAGAAGAGUACAGGCACGUAAGACAUAGCUACAAACCUAGCUCCAGUGGUGCUCGUGGAUGCACAGAAAAAGGACAAAAUCCAAACAAUCAUGAAGGAAAUACACAGGCAGCAAUAUGAAGAUAAUUUAUAGGUUUUAAACUAAGAACCAAAACCGUUCAGGUUGUGAUGUCUGUCCACAAUGGGGAGAUCUGGGGGAGGAUUGCUCCCUGUCUUCUCAAAAGAAACUCAAGAAGCGGAGACCAAGUGACUUAAAGUCACGUUUUAGAUUUAACCCCUCUUAAGUUGUCUGUUACGCUCCGUAACUUUUUCUACAACCCCUAACUGCCAUGACCAUUGCUUUUUGAUCUCCCAGCCAGAACUAGCACGUUGGCCAAGUUUACCCGCCCCCCCCCCCCAUUUAUUUUUUUGGUGCUAAGAGUAUCCUGGAGAAUCACAGCCUGGAUGCCACUCUCCAGGUCAAUUAACUAAACAUUACUCAGUCAAUUAACUUGGGCGUUGCAGCUUUCCUCUUUUGCCUUAAUUCUUCGUCUAAAGUUUUGGUUGAUUCCGCUCAUCGAUUAAGGGGGUGACGGCUUUCAGCCCGCAUUGAAAUAGUGGCAGCUUUUUUCAAAAAGAGGAUGAGCUUUGAGGACAAACGGGAUGAGGGCAGGAUGUGGCAGGACUUUGCUGGGCAGCCCUCCCCCAGUUUAAAAUGGAGGGGAUUCCCCCCCCCUUCCCUUGGCGCCCUGCCGUGAUCCAGGCUCAGUGUUUGACUAAGACGGCAAAGCUGCUGAGGCCAGCAUGGUCUCUCUCAGCCUCUCUGCCUGAUUUUGCUGAGGCUCCACUUUUGAGUCACUCGGGGUGAGCUGGAAUAACUUGCCCACUGACCGACUGUCUCCUGGCACAAUGUACUUCCUGUUUGGGUCCUUCCUGCAUUCCCUGGUUCCCUCUGUGAAUCCCACUUCAGACCUUGGCUGCUUUUCUGUCUCUGCCGUCACUGAAAUAGGGGCUGGCAACCUUGAGAGAUGUUACGUUAGACAGAAUUCAGACCCACCCCCCCUUCUCGGAAGGCUGCCCAGGGAGGGGCAAGCGCUGGCAAAGAGCAGCCUUCUACGAUGCAUGAUAUAUGAUAUCUUUAUUGUCAUUGUCCCAUGCAGAACAAUGAAAUUGAAAAACUACAUAAAACAUUCAACCCCCCCUAAAAUCUCUGAAACCCCAUUUUAAAAUACACUAUACUAUAGAGGCCCCUUAUGCUGCGUUUAGAACCAGAAUUGCAUUUGCGUAGAAACUGUUUCUCAGGCGGCUAGUCCUGGCCUUUAUAACUCUAUACCUUCUACCAGAAGGCAGAAGCUGAAAGAGAUCAUUUCCGGGGUGUACUAUCCUGCGCUAUCUCUGCAGUUUUCUUAUGGCACCUGGAAGCAUAGAUUUGAUCUAAGGUGGGAAGAGUGCACCCAGUUAUUCUCUCUGCAGUCUUUACAACCCUGGACAGCAUUGUUUUUCCCCUAACCGUGCAGCUCCCAAACCACAUGCACAGACCAUAAGGCCCCUUUUGGCGUGCAGCUGCCAUCAGCCAGCACAGCUUGCCCUACUGCAAAACAGCUGGAGGGCACCUGCAUGGGAGCUGCAGAUUGCAGGCACUCACACAUGCACAGAUUGCAUUGUUGGGGAUGUGCUGAGCACUAUCGGCACCACUGCGAGGUCUCCCUAGCCCCCUCUCCCAAUUUCCCUUUCUUCCCUGCAGAUGACCUGCGUGGAGAAGGCGGGCAACGACGAGAAGAUGCUGAUUAAGAUCUUCCGCUGCCUGGGCAGCUGGUUCAACCUGGGCGUCCUCGACAGCACCUUCAUGGCCAACAGCAAGUUGCUGUCGCUGCUCUUUGAGGUUCUGGUGAGUUUUCCAGGGUCCCUCCUCUCUCGCAGAGGGCAGCCUGGCACCAUGUCAGGGGACAGUGGCAUUGGGGAAGCCAUAAGUGCAGCCUUGGUUGCUGCAAAGGCUUCAUCUGGGCAGAUCUUGAAGGGAGAGUGGCCCAGUCUUACGCUAGGAUACAGUCAGCGACUGAAAUGUCCUGAUGUGUGCAUAGUGCUCUCCUUCUCUGUUUCUGUGCCUGCCUGCAGCUUACUGCGUGUUCACAGAACAAGAGGGGGCUCCCUCUGCAGUGGAAUGCACUGGAAAGAACCCAAAGGCUGUCUAGUCCCACCCUCUACUGGGAGGUGGGGGCCGCCUGCCCACCAGAGCAUUUGCGCUGCAGAAAAGAGCUUGCAGUGCCUCCUACUGUCAAACCACGUCUGCUGGAAAAAGCAGCACUCUCCUCCUCCUCCUCCUCCUCCUCCUCCUCCUCCUCCUCCUCCAGGAACCCACUGUCUCUGCCCAUUUGAUGCAGAAGUGGGGGCCGGGGGAAUCUUCUUUAAGGGGUGGGGGUGCUUUUAUAGUAAAGAACUGUCCUGGCUGGGGCUUAUCGACUUUGCAGUCCAAAACAGGCCCCGGGUUGGCUGAAGGCUGUUUUUGAAAGAGUUUCAUCACUUUCCUAUGAUCUGUCAGGCCUUUCCCUUUCCCAGUGUGGUGUAGUGGUUAAGAGGGGUGGACUCGUAAUCUGGUGAACCGGGUUCGUGUCUCCACUCCUCCACAUGCAGCCGCUGGGUGACCGUGGGCCAGUCACACUUCUCUGAAGUCUCUCAGCCCCACUCACCUCACAGAGUGUUUGUUGUGGGGAGGAAGGGAAAGGAGAUUGUUAGCCGCUUUGAGACUCCUUCGGGUAGUGAUAAAGCGGGAUAUCAAAUCCAAACUCCUCUUCUUCCUCCCCCCAAGACUUGCGUCUUCCACCCUGUGUAUCCUGGACCACAUUUGCCUCGCUUUACUUGUUCCUUGGUUGUCGUCUCAUACUGUCCUCUACCCUUUUUGCAUUCUUGCUUUUUGGACCCCUGCUUGAGCAGGUGGUCUCGGGUCAUUUCUGCGUUCCGUAUAUCUGUUCGUAGGCUACACAGAGUUUACACAGGAGUCCUCGUGGAAGGAUAGUGUGCAUAACCCGUCCUUCUCUCUCUGUGUGCUGGGGUGGGGUGGUGGGCACAGUCUGGAUGAGAUCUCUGCAGCAGAGGAUUAAGCCCAGUUCCCCUUCCCCGGUGCCUUUCAGCAACAGGACAAGACGUCGACGAACCUGCACGAAGCGGCCUCCGACUGCGUCUGCUCCGCGCUCUACGCCAUUGAGAACGUGGAGACCAACCUGCCCCUGGCCCUGCAGCUCUUCCAGGGGGUCCUGACGCUUGAGGCAGCCUACCACAUGGCUGUGGCUCGCGAGGAUUUGGACAAGUGAGUUGCCGGGGAGAGUGGUCUGUGCACGGGCAGGUUCAGGAGAGGAAAGAUCGAAGGCACAUCUGUGCUGGAUUUCUGCUUCCAGUUUUCAGUUGUAUCGUGUUUUAAACAUGCAUGCGCACACACACAGAGAUUUUAGCAACCCAAAGAAGUGUUCUCAUUUGGAUUUGGGACUUUGAACAGUACACCUGCUCUGUCCUCUCCUGCUCUCCACUGCCUGCUUCUGAAAGUUCUCUUUCAAACGUGGGCUGCGGUUUUAAUUUGUACAUUGCCCUUAGCUAAUUCAUGAGGGUUUUUUAAAAAAAAGUCUUUCAAUCAUCCUUAUUUAUUAACGCAAGCCCAAAUCCCUCCCUGGGCAUAUGGAACUAGCUGUAUGUCUCCUAGGAUCCUGAGUAAAGUUUCAAGCAACAAUUCCCACCCUGGUAAGGGCACUCUGCCCUUGCACUGUCAGCAAAGUUACAGGGAACCAGGCAGGGGGCCUUCUCGGUGGUGGUGCCCGCUCUGUGGAACGCCCUCCCAUCAGAAGUCAAAGAAAUAAACAACUAUUGGACUUUUAGAGGAUAUCUGAAGGCAGCCCUGUUUAGGGAAGCUUUUAAUACUGGAUGAAUCAUUGUAUUUUAAUAUUCUGCUGGAAGCCGCCCAGAGUGGCUGGGGAAACCCAGCCGGAUGGGUGGGGUAUAAAUAAUAAAUGAUUAUUAUAAAUUAUUAUUAUUCCUGUUAAGAAAUGUAUGCUCUGGCUAGAGAUGGGAAAAAACAGAAAAAUUGGGGGGGGGGGAACAGGUUUUUUUCCAAGGUCAUUUGGAAAAAAACAGAAAAAAACUUGGUUUCCAGUCCCCCCCAAUUCCCUCCCCCGGCCUUCCCAUCUCUAACUCUGGCUUUUUAAAAACUACAUCAUUCUAGUGUCUGUCUAGAUAUUUAACACUCUCAAGCUGUAACUCUGCGCUAUGUGAAGAACUACUUCUUUUUAUCUGUCCUGAAUUCGGAGAGAGGGACAAAACCUUUUCUCUAUCCGCUUCCUCUGUGCCAUGCUUAAGUUUAUAAACUUCUAACGUGGCACCUCUUACCCGCCUUUCCUCUAAAUUGGAGUUGCCAAAGGCUUGCAUGCAGACCGGGGUCUCUCCUGCAGGGCUUGUUCCUCUUCCCAUUGGGCGGGUGGGGGGCUGUGGCAGCCAGCGCAGAUGGGGGAGCAGGAGACAGUGGUAAAUAUGGGGGGGGGAAUGAAUGACGUCGUCCUGUUGCCCUUCCUGCCUGAGAUGGGCAUUUCCAUGGCCAAGGCUGCGACUUGCUGACUUGGACCGCUGCUUACCCCUCAUUUUUCUUUUCCCUUCAGAGUUCUCAACUACUGCCGGAUCUUCACGGAACUCUGCGAGACCUUUCUGGAUAAGAUUGUGUGCACCCCAGGCCAAGGCCUGGGGGACCUGCGGACAAUAGAACUGCUCUUGAUAUGCGCGGGUCACCCGCAGUACGAGGUAGGAAGGCUGCCCCUCCUGCCCCUUCAAUUUCCGGGUUGUUGGCAUGGUGGAGGCACCUGCAGGGCGGGCCAUUCAGGCAACGGUAGGGUGCUGGGUAAUGCUGUAUUGCACAGAGAGAGAGAGGGAGGAGGAGUUUAAAAGGGUCUUCUGAUAUUGGUAUGGAAAAGGUAAAGGGACCCCUGACCAUUAGGUCCAAUCGCGGACGACUCUGGGGUUGCGGCGCUCAUCUCGCUUUACUGGCCGAGGGAGCAGGCGUACAGCUUCCGGGUCAUGUGGCCAGCAUGACUAAGCCGCUUCUGGCAAACCAGAGCAGCGCACGGAGCGGUACCUAUUUAUCUACUUGCACUUUGACGUGCUUUCAAACUGCUAGGUGGGCAGGAGCUGGGACUGAACAAUGGGAGCUCACCCCAUACUAAAACAAACAAAUGAGGUCCGGCUCCAAGGGCCUUCUGGUGGUUCCCUCCCUGCAAGAAGCGACAUUACAGGGAACCAGGCAAGAGGACCUUCUCGGUCAUGGCACCUUCAGACGUCAAGGAGAUAAAGAACUACAUAACUUUUAGAAGACAUCUGAAGGCAGCUCUGUAUCUGGAAGUUUUUAAUGUUUGAUAUUUUACUUUGUUUUUAUAUAUGCUUUGAGCCGCCCAGAGUGGCUGGGGGUAUGAUGAUGAUAAAUUUAAAGGAAAGGUUUUUUUUUAAAAAAAUAAAUGCUAGAAAAUAAAUAAUAAAUAAAUGGGUCUCCUGCCCAUGACAGGUGGUGGAGAUUUCCUUCAACUUCUGGUACCGGCUGGGGGAGCACCUGUACAAGACGGAGGACGUUGUCAUCCACAGCAUCUUCAAGGCCUACAUCCAGAGGCUCCUUCACGCCCUGGCUCGGCACUGCCAGCUGGAUCCGGACCACGUACGUCCGCCUCUCCUUCCUGGCCCCCAAACACCCCUGCGCCUCCUUUGUACUUGACCCACAGGAGGGGAGAUGCUGGUAGUUAUUUACGCUCCCUCCCUCCCUCCCUCCCUCUUCCCUCCUUUGUUUUCCUCUGCUAGGAAGGAAUCCCCGAGGAGACGGACGACUUUGGAGAGUUCCGGAUGAGAGUGUCAGACCUCGUGAAAGACUUGAUCUUCCUGGUUGGCUCUGUGGAGUGUUUUGCCCAGGUGAGAGGGGAACAGGUUGGUCUGGUGUGGUCCGAAAUGCCGCUGGCGUCUCCUGGCUUUUGAGGGUGGUUUGGGUGGAGGAGUUGAAAGGGCUUCGCUUCCCAGUGCAUGUCCGCACGUUAAUUCCUGCUUUUGUAAAGCUUGUUAUUUAUUUUUAAAGGGUGGAAUUCAAUAUAGCACUAAGGUGAUCGUUCUAUGGUUGCUGAUCUGUGGGGUUCUCCCAGUCCUCCAGAGCAGAUUUGAGGAAGAAGGGGGCAGGAGUCCUUUUGCUGAGCUAAUACAACUCUGUAGUUGAUUCCGACCCAAUGUGAUUUAUUUCAUAAUUUUAACGAUUUCCGCUCUUUUUCAAGUCUGCCUUUAUUGCCAUUUUCAGUGACUGCUUUAUAGUGUUUUAUGUAAAUUUCCUUGAGCAGGGGUUCCCCAGCUCUGAUCUGCAGACCAUCAGUGGUCUCUGAGCUUCGUUCAGGGGUUCAUGGUGUGUGUAAAAAUACAAAACCACACAACACAGCACAUUACAAUUGCUACAGUGGCAGAAAAAUUAUUAAGUGGUUUGCCAAGACAGUUAGAGAUUCCCAAGUGAUCCAUGAGAUAAAAGGUUUGGGAACCAAUUAUUUCGUAUAUGAGCAGCAUAUACAUCUUGCUAAAUAAUUUUUUUUACAAAGUACAACCCAUUUUCACUGGCAUGCCUUAUGUUGGUCCCUGGGGCCCUCUUAAAAGCCAUUUACCCUUCUGUUUUCUGCAGUCACACAUCCACUUUGACUGCAUGAAUUCUUUGCUGCCCUUGAGGUCCAAAACCCUCGAUCUGCUCCUCUUUCGAACUGGCCGGAAAGUCCAUCCUAACAGUGACUUUAUGGUUAAAGUGCAUCCACGAAAAAGCUCAUGUCCCUGAAUACUUAAUUCUUGUAUUUUUUUCUUCUUCGCAGCUGUAUGCUACCCUGAAAGAGGGCAAUCCUCCGUGGGAAGUAACGGAAGCUGUGCUCUUCAUCAUGGCCUCGAUAGCCAAGAGCGUUGACCAGUGAGUACUGCCAGCACCGUCCCAGAGGGGGUGGGCCACAGACCAUGAAUUCAUUUUUGCAUUUGUGUGUGUAUCCUAGUCACCAGCCAGUGGCCUUUGGGUCAAACUCAUGCCUUGAUCUACUGUAAUAAACCAUAGAAAAAGUUCAGGGUUUUUUAAAAAAACAUUUUUAUUAACAAUAUCAACAUAACAAAUUAUCAAAACAAAUCAUCUUCAUUAUUUCCCCCCUCCCCAAGACUUCCCCCAGAAGCUCCUCUCUCUGAUUUCUCAAUUCAUAUUGUUCUCUGCCUAUUGUAAAAUUGUAUACAUCCUUAUAUUAUCUAUCCACUAUAUUAACCCUCAAAAAAUCUGUGUAUGUUUACAGUCAUACCUCGGGUUGAAGUAGCUUCGGGAUAAGUAUUUUUGGGUUGUGUGCUGCGGCGACCCGGAAGUAACGGAGCGUGUUACUUCCGGGCUUCGCCGCUCACGCAUGCGCAGAUGGUCAAAAUGAUGUCACGCGCAUGCGUAGAAGCGGCGAAUCGCGACCCACGCAAACGCCGGCUGCGUUCGCUUCUGGAUGCGAACGGGACUCCGGAACGAAUCCCGUUCGCAUCCAGAGGUACCACUGUAUUCAAAACCUGCCCAGGAGUCAAGUUCAUUUCGUUGUCUUUUUAAAUAGUUUGUAAAAAGUUCCCAUUCUUCUUUAAAGUGGAAGUGGGUAGAAAAAGUUCAGGUUGGCACAAACCAAUUCACUGCACUCUCCGCGGCGAGGACUAGAGACGUGAAACCUUUCUUUUUGCUGGCACUUUCUGCCCUCUUUGCGAGGGUCUCUGCUCAGGCCCCGUUAUGGACUAGCUGCUUGCAGAGCUUUGUUUUUGUUGUUGCUGUGGCGUAAUUGCCUUUUCCUGCCCGCAGGGAGAACAACCCAACGCUGGUGGAGGUGCUGGAAGGGGUGGUACGCCUGCCUGAAUCGGUGCACACGGCCGUCCGCUACACUAGCAUCGAGCUGGUGGGCGAAAUGAGCGAAGUUGUGGACAGGAACCCCCAUUUCCUUGGUGAGUGCGAGGGAGCCGCCAGAAGGCCCUCAGAGCUGGGCCUCAGCAUCAGGACUGGACGAUGGGGAUAGAGACAUUUUGAAUAGUACUCGGAAACGUACCGGGAGCCAAUGUAGGUAUUUCAGGACCGGUGUUAUAUGGUCUCGGCGGCCGCUCCCAGUCACCAGUCUAGCUGCCGCAUUCUGGACUACCGUAUUUUUCGCUCUAUAAGACGCACCUAGUUUUUGGAAGAGGAAAACAAGAGAAAAAUAAUUCUGAAUCCCAGAAGCCAGGACAGCAAGCGGGAUUGCUGCGCAGCGAUCCCACUUGCUGUCCUGGCUUAUGGGAUAGCCGCACGCAGCCUCUCCCAAUCCCGCUGGCUGUCCUGGCUUCUUGCUUAGCCGCGUGCAACCUCUCCUGGGCAAGGGGAGCCUUCACCCCCUGCCCGGGAGAGGCUGUGCACAGCUAAGGCUCCCCCAAGAGCCGCGCUCCCUUUAAAGAGCGCGCGGAGCGUGUGUGCGGAGUUCCCUUUGGAGCUUUUCCCCAAGAGGAGAAGGCAGCCGUCUCCUCCUUGGAAAAGCCCCUAAAGCCGCUACACACGCUCCAUCGCGGCUCUUUAAAGGGAGUGCUGAGCAGAGCCUCCCGCCUGCAUUCGCUCCAUAAGACGCACACACAUUUCCCCUUACUUUUUAGGAGGGGGAAGUGCAUCUUAUAGAGCGAAAAAUAUGCUAGUUGUUGUUUCUGGGUCACCUUCAAAGGUAGCCCCACGUAGAGCGCAUUGCAGUAGUCCAAGCGGGAGAUAACCAGAGCAUGCACCACUCUGGCGAGACAGUCCGCAGGCAGAUAGGGUCUCAGCCUACGUACCAGAUGGAGCUGGUAAACAGCUGCCCUGGACACAGUUGGUAUGUUGGGCAGUGGGAGUGUUAUCAGUUUGUUUUUGUUUUAUUAUGCAUUUUGCGUUCUCAUUUUGUAUUUUAAUAAUAAUAGUAAUAAUAAUAAUAAAUUUUAUUUAUUCCCUGCCCUCCCUGGCCAGAGCGGCUAACACCAGUAAAAUUACAGUAAAAACAUAAUAGGGAAAAAACCCCAAUUUAAAAUACAGGUUAAAAUGCAAUUUAAAAUGCAGCCUAAUUUUAAAAGCAGCCUAUAAAUCAAAACCAUAAGGGGAGGGAAAUGUAAGGGUCAGACUGAGUCCAAACCAAAGGCCAGGUGGAACAGCUCUGUCUUGCAGGCCCUGCAAUGUUGUGAACUGCCCUGUGAUCUUCGGAUGUAGGGUGGAAAUAAUACUAAUAAUAGAAGAAAUAUGUUCAUUCUCCCUCUGCUGCCCUCUCUCCCCGCAACAGAUCCUGUGCUUGGCUACCUGAUGAAAGGCCUCUGUGAGAAGUCCUUGGCUUCGGUGGCGGCCAAAGCCAUUCACAACAUCUGCUCUGUGUGCCGGGACCACAUGGCCCAGCACUUCAGCGGCUUGCUGGAAAUCGCCCGCUCCCUGGACUCCUUCAUGCUCUCGCCCGAAGCAGCUGUGGGGCUCCUGAAAGGUACGUUCUCCUUCUGCGAUAGCAGCAGCAGGGGGGGCAGCCCCACAGGGGAGGAGAGGGGGCUUCCCUGGACCACGUCUUCGGUGUCCUCCUGCAACAGCACAGCAUAUUUUGAAGACCCCUUGCCUCUGGAAAGCUAGCAUGCCAGGAAUACUGGCACAGCGUAGCCUCCUCGCUGACAUGCUUGUCUUCUACAAGCAGAGUGCGGCGGCAGUGUUUAGCUAAGUGCAGAGUACACCUCAGUGUUGUCCACACUGGCUGGCAGCUGCUCUCCAGGGUUUCCGGCCAAGGUCUCUCCCAUUCCGACCUGGAGAUGCUGCCGGAGAUUACCGUAUUUUUCGCUCUAUAGGGCGCACCGGACCACAAGACGCACCUAGUUUUUAGAGGGGGAAAUCAAGAAUAAAAAUAAUAUUUCCCGGCUGGAGAGGCUGCACAAGGCUAAAGAGGAAGCCAAGGCAGCGAGCGGGAUGGAUCGCGCUCGCUGCCUUGGCUUCUUUAGCCUUGCGCAGCCUCUCCCGGCUGGAGAGGCUGCGCGCGGCUAUGUUAAUUCCCCCACCUCCCGCAAAAGCCCACAGGAGCCGCGCACCCUUUAAGGAGCGCACGGCUCCUGCGGGCUUUUCUACGAGGAGGGACAAGGGACUGACUGACCGCGUCAGUCCCUUCUCCCUCCUGGGGAAAAGCCCGCAAGAGCGAAGCUUGUGUGCGGCUCUUGGGGGCUUUUCCUGCCUGCCCCCCCUGCAUUCGCCCCAUAGGACGCACAGACUUUCCCCCUUAGUUUUUAAGAGGGAAAAAGUGCGUCCUAUGAAGCGAAAAAUAUGGUAAAUCUGGGACUUUUCAGCAUUCAAGGUGGAUUCUCUACCCCUCAGCUACAGGCCUUCCGGAAUCAGGAAACCAUUCUCCCCACUCCUAGUCCUGGGUUUGAACUUUGGUCUCCCCUCCCCAUCCUAGUCCUCCCCAUUUGUCACUACGUCACACUGGUUCUCAGGGGGAAAUGGGAGACCCCAGAGGGCUGCUAUCAGUCUGGCCGUUUGAGGCUGGGUUUGGUCCCUGGGCUGGUUUCAUUUAUGAAGUGGCUGCCUCUCCCCUUCUUCUUCAGGGACUGCCUUGGUGCUGGCUAGGCUCCCGCUGGAGAAGAUCUCUGCGUGUCUCAGUGAACUUUGUGCCGUUCAGGUGAUGGCUCUGAAAAAGGUACGAGGCCUGAGGGCCGGCUGAGCGUGGCCGCUUUACCUGGAGGGAGGGAGGGCUUUUGAGCUUUGGGACAAAAACUGGUAAAGGAGGACUUGGAAGCAAGCCCUUGUUGUUUGGAAGAAAGGCAAACGCUUUUUAAAAACGCACAUUUUGCUUGUUUUGCUCAAAGGGGAUAAGCCUUGUCCCAAACGACCAUCUCUUUCCUUACACACCCUCUUGGGUGUUAGGAUUAGCAAAGGGGGUCCUCUGGGUAGUUGGGGGUCGAUGCGGCCUAGGAGGCGGCCUUCUCUGUAGCAGCCCCAUAAGAUGUGGAAAUCCCCACAGAGGUGUUCCUGGUGCCUUCAUGGUUCAGCUUCUGACAUUCUCCGAAGACGCACCUCUGUCCAUUGACCCUGGCACCUGAGAUACCUUGUUUUCAGGACCUCCUGUCUGUCCUUUUGACUAUAGUUCGCUUUUUUCCAACGGUUUUUAAUAACUGAAUAUUAAGCUGGAUCUGCUGAUGACGUUUGGGUGACAAAUUAAGCCAUAGAAGUGGUGGUCGUCUUGGGUUGCCUCUGGAAAUGCCAGCCCCAUUUAAUAAAGCGUGUCACUCCCAGCCACCCCUGAGUCGAGCCUCAAAUUAUCAGCCACACAAUCGGGGCGAGGGGUUUGCUCAGGAGCUGCUGCUGGCACUCUUGGUGCCCACCAGUGGUCUUCCCAACCUGCGGCUUGAACAUGGAGACCCCCUCCCCAAGUGCCGGCAACAAGGCAACAUUUUCUUGGCCACCCUCCUUGAGGAAGGGGAGUCCCGCGUCCCUCCCUGAGCCGUCUUGUGUGUCUUCUCUUUUCCCCAGCUGCUCUCUCAGGAGCCGAGCAAUGGCCUCUCCUCAGACCCCACUGUGCCCCUAGAUCGCCUUGCUGUUAUAUUUAGGUAAGAAGCUUUUGGGGACUGGGGUCUUUCCCUGUACCCAUGGGGUUGGGGGGCGACAAUAACCAUCAGGCUGCUCAUCCAAAAUAGCGGGUGCAUCUUCCUCUCCCGGACACUCGCUCGACUCCUGCACCAACGGAGCUGAAAUUCUGUGGUCGCGAAGUGAAUUUGUGGUAGUGGGGGGAGAGUCCCAGAUAACGCUCCUCCGCCUCCCACUUCGGUCUUCUGCUCUCUGCUUGCCUCCUCCCUCCUUCUCCCCCCACAACUUCCCUCCUCUCUUAUCCUUCUGUCCAGGCUCCUUUGGGAAGAGCCGCACAACAGAGCUUCAGCUAGUUUAAUAGCCGCUCCCUUUCCCCCGUGAAAGGGACGUGGGUGGAGCUGUAGUCUAAAACCACAGAGCCUAGGGCUUGCCGAUUGUAAGGUCAGCGGUUUGAUUCCCCACGACGGGGUGAGCUCCCAUUGUUCAGUCCCAGCUCCUGCCCACCUAGCAGUUCGAAAGCACGUCAAAGUGCAAGUAGAUCAAUAGGUACCCCUCUGGCGGGAAGGUAAACAGCGUUUCCGUGCGCUGCUCUGGUUUGCCAGAAGCGGCUUAGUCCUGCUGGCCACAUGACCCAGAAGCUGUCUGCGGACAAACGCCGGCUCCCUCAGCUUAUAGAGGGAGAUAAGCGCGCAACCCCAGAGUCAUCCGUGACUGGACUUAACUGUCAGGGGUACCUUUACCUUUACCUUUCCUCCCAUGAACCUGUUUAUUUCCGGACUGGGAUGGGGAGCAAUAGAGGGGCCCAUAUAGGGAUCUCUGGGAGAAUUCUGGGUUUGCCAAAUGUCAGUCCCUGGGAUCGUUUGGCAGAAGCCAUAGCAGCUGAAAGGGCACUAUUAGGAAAGCAGAGAGAAGUUUGCCGGGUGUGUAAAAUGCCCGUUCUCUCCUUCUGCUGUGCUGCUGGCUAAACAGGGGCCUCUCCUCAUCCAGCCUUGUCUCCCAACUCUGCAGCUCUGUUUUUGCUUCUCUGACUCUAAAUCUGUUGCAGUUAGCAUGAUUUGGGAAGCAGCAAUCUGUUCUCAGCCUUUGUCCAAAGGUGGUUGGUCUUCCUGCUCUCCACAUAUCCAAGUAUUGUUGUGUUUUCCUUCCCCUGCACUUGGUUCCUGGCAGCUGAUUCUGUCCAACUCCAUCCUAAGGUCUUGCCUUUUGGGGGUGCGGUUAGAUCUGCAAGGGGCCCUUUCCCCACCUCUUGAGGUUUCAGGAUGGGCCAACCUGUCAGCCACACGUCUCUCAGAUCUCUGCUGGUUUGCUUUUUUGGGAAGGCGGGGACUGUGUCUUUGCAGUCCUCCUUCCCGGGGGCAGUUGUCCCGUUAAGCAUUGCCAGUGGAGGAGAAGCUGGUACCUGCCUCUCCAGCCCAGCUCGCCCACGAAUUCCCUUCCAUCCCUCCGUCUCUUUCCCCGCAGGCAUACCAAUCCUAUUGUAGAAAAUGGACAGACCCACCCGUGCCAAAAAGUCAUCCAGGAGGUAGGUGGAGAAGUCAUCCAGGAGGUAGGUGGAGAAGCCCCCCCUGCUCACUCCAGAGGGCGACUGGUGAAGCGGCUUGGCUUACUUGCCCGGGUCACCCAUGUGGGCUUGCCCUCUGUGGCACACUUUAGCCGUGAUUGCACAGGUGGAGCUUGGAUUCCAGUUGACCUUGUCUCCUCCUCACCCUGGAUGGAGCAACGCCAAGGGGUGGGGUUGGGAGGUAGCCGAGGGCUUUACUUACUCAUUUCCCCUGUUCUGCGGUGCCCCCCAUGGUAAGGGGUGGCUGGCUGUAUGUAAUAAUAAUGUCAUGUAUAUUUUUAUCAUGUUCUUCAGGAUUCACAUACGUUAUCUCUGUAAUCCUUACGCUUCACGUACAUUACCUCUGUAGUCCUAAUGCUUCACGUACAUUGCCUCUGUAAUCCUUACAACAACCCCUGAAAGGGGGAGGUCAGUUUUCUCCCCAGAUGGUGGGGCAUGGAAACAAGGCUUUACCUAAUGAAUCGAUGGUGAUAUUUAAACUGGGGACUGAACGGAUUCCCAGCCCCAGACUUUUGCCAUCGCGCUGCCCCGGCGCUCUGUGCGCGCGUUUGACCCCGCGGCCCACCCUUUGCAGCACUGGGGCCUUGGCCCACUGCCCUGGCCCCACACCAUCCCCCCAGUCGGGCUUUCACGCUCCUGGUCUUUCCGCAGAUGGCCAGAUAAGCAAAGCCCCGCGGCCUGAAUACUUUUCCAGACUGGGGCCUGCCCCCUUUCCCCCUGCUAGUGCUGACCUUGUGGAAUGUGCCGCUCCGGCUGCUGCCGGUGGGAUUAGGUUUCCAGGGAGAGGAGGCCAGGCGAGCCACCCCCGUCCGACGUAAAGGAAAUCCUCCGUAACCGCUCUCCUUCCUCCGCCCAGAUCUGGCCAGUCCUGUCAGAGACCCUGAACAAACAUCGUGCCGAUAACCGCAUCGUGGAGCGCUGCUGCCGGUGCCUGCGCUUCGCUGUCCGCUGCGUGGGGAAAGGCUCGGCGGCCCUCCUGCAGCCUCUGGUCACCCAGGUAAACGCCCGUAGAACAAUGGCAUGGGAAAGGGACCCCAGGGGGCCAUGAAGACCAACCCGCUGCCUUGCAGGAAUCCCUAAAGGAAUAAUAAUAAUUUUAUUUUAUUUCUAUCCCGCCCUCCCCAGGGCAAAGCCGGGCUCAGAGCAGCUAACAACAAUAAAUGUAACAGAGCGUUCUAAAAUCAAUUCAUUCUAAAAUCAAUUCAGAAUCAAAUUAAUGGCAACCAUUGGGCUAGAGUUCUAGGAGGACUGCCAAAGGAGGGGGUCAGACUGUGACUUGACCAAAGACCUGGUGGAACAGCUCUGUCUUGCAGGCCCUGCGGAAAGAUGUCAAGUCCUGCAGGGCCCUAGUCUCUUGGGACAGAGCGUUCCACCAGAUCGGGGCCACGGCCGAAAAAGCCCUGGCUCUGGUUGAGGCCAGCCUAACCUCCCUGUGGCCCGGGACCUCCAAGGUGAUUUUGUUUGAAGACCGUAAGAUCUUCCAUGGGACAUACCAGGAGAGGCGGUCCCGUAGGUACGAGGGUCCUAGGCCAUAUAGGGCUUUAAAGGGUAAAACCCGGCCAGUUGGCCAAAAACAUCCAAGGAAGGAGAAUCGUAGGAUUGGAAGUGACCAUGCAGUGCAGGAAUCUACGACACUCUGAUUAAGAAUCUCAUGCUCUUAUCAACUGAGAGUCCCCAGCACACUCAUAGCAGGGAAAUUAUUAUUAUUAUUAUUAUUUCUACCCCGCCCAUCUGGCUGGGUUUCCCCAACCACUGAAGGCAGCUUCAACAAAGAUUAAAAAUACAUUAAAAUAGCACACAUUAAAAGCUUCCCUGAACAGGGCUGCCUUCAGAUGUCUUCUAAAUGUCAGGUAGUGGUUUAUCUCUUUGACAUCUGCUGGGAGGGCGUUCCACAGGGCGGGUGCCACCACCGAGAAGGCCCUCUGCCUGGUUCCCUGUAACUUGGCUUCUCGCAGUGAGGGAACCGCCAGAAGGCUCUCGGAGCUGGACCUCAGUGUCCGGGCAGAACAAUGGGGGUGGAGACGCUCCUUUAGGUAUACUGAAAGCCCGUUUAGGGCUUUAAAGGUCAGCACCAACACUUUGAAUUGUGCUCAGAAACAUACUGGGAGCCAAUGCAGAUCAGCACCGGCUGAAUAUGCGCCUCUUCUUCUCAGUCCCUUUGGGCACCUUGGAUAGAUGUUUUUGAACCCACCCUGGUGUUCUCCUUGUGUAUGGUUUAAACCAGGGGUCAGCAAACUUACCGCUCCUCGGGCCGGUGUCUCCAGCACUGAUGGCCCUGCGGGCACAUGCCCAUACGUGUGCACACAUGCUACUUCUGGCGCACCUCCGGGCCGGAGGAGCACCGGAAAUAGCUUGUGCGCAUGUGCAUGGGCCUCCUCCGACCCGGAUGUGCACUGGAAAUAACGCUUGCGCUUGCGCAAAUAACGCUUGCGCACGCGCACAUAACGCUUGCGCAUGUGCACAAGCUAUUUCCGGUGCUCUUCCGGCCCGGAAGUGGGCAGCCGCGCAGCGCCGGUAAAAGCAGGCGGCGGGGGUUGCCGCGGGCCGGAUAAACGAGUCCUUUGGGCCUUAUCCGGCCCACGGGCCUUAGUAUGGGGACCCCUGGUUUAAACUGUUUAAAAUGCCACCUGUUUUCUUACCGCUGUCUCUUGCCUUGGAACCUUCUGUCGAAGUGUAGAUAGAAAGCAGCUCCGCCCGGUCCGCUGGGCUGCUGCUUUGGCUCAAGCAUCCUCCCCAUUCACUGACCUCUGCUUCUCUCUCUCCCCCCUGCCCCUCCGCCAGAUGGUGAGUGUCUACCAGGAGCACCAGCACUCCUGUUUCCUCUACCUGGGCAGCAUACUUGUGGAUGAGUACGGAAUGGAGGAGGGCUGUCGCCAGGGGCUGCUUGAUAUGCUGCAGGUAGGUUGGCCCCCAGGGCUUCCUCGCGGCUUGGCUGGGGCUCGUCCCGGCCUGGGGAGGCCCUUUCCUGGUCUUGGUCCGAACUCGUGCUGCGAAACAGCCGCACUUGUCCUGACGACGAGCUCUGCCCAUGCUCAGAGGUGUUGCCUCCAGAUUCCCUUUGAACGUAACCUUUGGGGAAGGAAUGCAAGGAUGGCAACACGAGAACGGGGCCUUCUCUGCAGUGGCUUCCUGUCUCUGGAAUGCUCUCCCCCGGGAAGUUCGCCUGGCGCCUUCAUUAUACACCUUUGGGCGCCAGGCAAAAACGUUCCUUUUUAACCAGGCCUUGGGUUCAUCCCAUUUACAUCCUACGCCCAUGUGUUUUUCGGGGGUUGCUGGCUAUUGGGUUGGUUUUGUUUUUAUUAGGUAUUUUGUGGUUUUGUAUCUUGAUUUUAUUCUGUGAACCGCCCUGAGACCCCCCGGGUAUAGGGCGGUAUAUAAAUUCAAAUAAUAAUAAUAAUUCCUUUUUUAAUACAUUUUAUUAAUUUUUUUAACAUAUUAAUUCCAGCAUUCAUGCAACAUAGCUUCUCAUCUUAUACAAUAUUUUUGGACUUCUGUCAAGGCUUCUGAUGAUUUUCCCUUUGUCACUUAUUAUGCAUUUCUUAAUUUCAUAUGACCCUUAAUUAUCCUUAACUAAUAAUUCACCACAUUGUCUUUUUUUUUUUUGGCAAUAUUUCAGAUAAUUCACCUUACAAAACUACUUGCAAAGCUACUAGCAUAAUAUAAUAAUAAUAAUAAUUCCAACAUUGCAUUGCAGCGUUGGCAGGGACCUCCAAGAAUGUUUUAGUCCUUUGCAGCCUUGGAUGCCCUUUCUGAAAAAGGUUGGCAGAAACUGCGCCCGUUGUUCCAAACGUGGCUGCCAGCCCCAUAUAUUUGUAUUACAGGGGGCAUGCAUUUAGAGGGACGUGGGUGGCGCUGUGGGUUAAACCACAGAGCCUAGGCCUUGCCGAUCAGAAGGUUGGCGGUUUGAAUCCCCGCAACGGGUGAGCUCCCGCUGCUCGGUCCCAGCUCCUGCCAACCUAGCAGUUCCAAAGCACACCAGUGCAAGUAGAUAAAUAGGUACCGCUCCGGCGGGAAGGUAAACAGCGUUUCCGUGCGCUGCUCUGGUUCGCCAGAAGCGGCUUAGUCAUGCUGGCCACAUGACCCGGAAGCUGUACGCGGGCUCCCUCGGCCAGUAAAGCGAGAUGAGCGCCGCAACCCCAGAGUCGGCCAUGACUGGACCUAAUGCUCAGGGGUCCCUUUACCUUUACCUUAAAUGUAAAGGUAAAGGGACCCCUGACCAGCAAGGUCCAAGCAACGGGAGCUCACCCUGUUGCAGGGAUUCGAACUGCCGACCUUCUGAUCAGCAAGUCCUAGGCUCUGUCGUUUAACCCACAGCACCACCCACGUCCCUUACCUUUACCUUACUUUUAUGCAAUAAGCUAGUUCCCGCCCAGGUCUGUACACCCCAGAGUCGUCUGCAACUGGACCUAAUGGUAAGGGUCCCUUUACUUUUACCUAACUGCUAAAGGCUUCCUUCUGCCCUUCCAGGCUCUGUGCGUGCCCACAUUCAGGCUCAUCGAGCAACCCAACGGCCUCCAGAACCACCCGGACACUGUGGACGACCUCUUCCGGCUGGCCACCAGGUACCCCCUACCCUGCGCUUGGCUCCUGGCUGCCUUGCUUUCCAGGCUAGCCUUGGAACCUCCCAUCCAAAGCAGGUUUUUUCGGUCUGGUUUGCUCCAAAUCCCAGCAGGGACAGUCUCGUAUCCCCCCUGAGAGGCCCGCUGGAGCACAAAUGCCUGGCAGUGUCUCUCGUAAAGGUCAGUAUUCCUGAACCUUGGAGGAAGCAGGUUGGAAGAAACGGGGGGCCGCUAUCGUUGCGGCUCCACUGCCCUCGGGACAGGAAGGGACCCUAAUCAGGAAUGGGGUUGGGGGUAUCUAGGACCCAGAUCUGAAGAGCUGUUAUCAGGCAUUGACACGAAGGAGGGGUUUCUUUUCUCUCACCGGCCGCCGGGAGCUAUGGGGUCCUAACCUUCCAAUGCUGCCUCUCCCUCGCAGGUUCAUCCAGCGCAGCCCCAUCACCCUCCUGCGCAGCCAGGUCAUCCUCCCCAUCUUGCAGUGGGCCAUCGCUGCCACCACCCUGGACCACCGCGAUGCCAACUGCAGCGUCAUGAAGUUCUUGCGUGACCUCGUCCACACGGGAGUGUCCAACGACGUGAGUGGCGGGUGCCAGGGGUCCCGCGUUAACGCAGGGUGCCAAGACACACAGCUUUUUUUUUAAAAAAAAUCAUUUUUAUUAAGUUUUCCAUUAUAACAAUGGAACAUCGCAGAAAUCGAGGGGAGCUCCACCUGAGGGUUAAUCAGAGCAAGGGCAAAGUUUAGCCCAAGGAGAAAAGCAGGGUCCUUUGAAAGGAGGGAGAGACCUGAUUUGCAGGCCACCUGACACUGUGGGUAGGAUGGGGGGACUCCAAAGUUGCCUGCCCCCCAGAGAAGGGGGGGAAUGAGGAUGAUCUCUCCCUCUGGAGCAGAAGCGGGGUGUCGAGCGCGUUAACGGAGAAAUCUGAGGGCUCCCUUGGACAAAAAACGAGGACACCAGCCAGGAAUACCAGGGCAAAACAGCAGCCAGUAGGCUUGAAGACUGUCGCGACAGGACUCCCACCUGCCACCAGGUGGAACAAGAUGGAAGCCCCGAACAAAAGAGAACCCAAACUUUUAUUAGCUGCUAAUCCCCAUGUUACACCCCCCCCCAACUACAUCACUAAUACAUCACAGUUACAUCAUGAAAGGGGAGGUCUGGUGGCAGUAAUCUGAGCUUCCCGGACCCUGCCCCAUGGUUUCCCUUGCCCUCCAGCAAACACCCAUCAAGUGUAACAAAAAAAGAUAUUUACAUUUCCCUGUUUCCCAGCCAAGUUCAUCACACCCUUUUGUCUUCAUCUGGGUUUGUUGUUUCUGGAAUGGCUGCCUGUCUGACACUCAGGUAUCAGGAUGCCAGGGAUUAUCCUUCAGGCAGAGGGGCUGCUGAGUAGCUGAGCUCACAUGUCUAUAGGAAUUUCUGAAGUUUCCCCAGUGAGCCAGUACAUAGAGACAUUUAUCAGUGAAUUCUUACAUUUAGUAUCGUGCAGCAAAGGCCCUUUGAAUAGGUAGGAAGAAACUGUGAUGAAGUGCUUUGUGGGGACAAAUCACAAAAGUCACAAAAGUGAUGGUGCUGGUUUUGGUAGUGGGCUGCAUGUGCAUGAUAUCUGCUGGAGGGGCAACCCCCCCCCCAACCUAUACAUAAAUUCCUGCAACAAGAGCGGCCCAUGGUUUGGGUGGGAAGCUCCCUGCAGCUCCGAGGGCCCCCCGCAAGUGCGCCCCUCUCUCUCUCUGUCCCCGCAGCACGAAGAGAACUUUGAGGCGCGGAAGGAGCUGAUUGCGCAGGUGAUGACGCAGCUGGGACAGCAGCUUGUGAGCCAGCUCUUGCACACCAGCUGCUUCUGCCUGCCGCCUUACACCCUGCCGGACGUGGCUGAGGUGCUGUGGGAGAUCAUGCAGGUCGACAGGCCGGUAAGGAGGAAGCUGGGACUGGGCCUUCCGGGAGGGGAGACCACUGGACUUGCCCAGCCUGCUUUUGUCAGGACAGCCGCCACUGCCCUCCCUCUGGGCGCUAGCUUGACACAACCGGACUUUGGAAAGCUAGACCAAGUCCAGUUUUGUUGGAUCAACCGCAUUGAAAUUGGGUUUUGAACAAACAUGCAGCCAGUCCUUACCAUCUUGAAUUGUAUAUCUUCUUCCUUGGCGGGUCAUGCAAACUGCUCUUUUGCAUCAUGCUUUUUGUAAGGUGGGCGCGGGUGGAGCUGUGGGUUAAACCACAGAGCCUAGAGCUUGCCGAUUAGAAGGUCGGCAGUUUGAAUCCCCGCGACGGGGUGAGCUCCCGUUCCUCGGUCCCUGCUCCUGCCAACCUAGCAGUUCGAAAGCACGUCAAAAGUGCAAGUAGAUAAAUAGGUACCACUCCGGCGGGAAGGUAAACGGCGUUUCCGUGCGCUGCUCUGGUUUGUCGGAAGUGGCUUAGUCUUGCUGGCCACAUGACACGGAGGCUGUACGCCGGCUCCCUCGGCCAGUAAAGCGAGAUGAGCGCCGCAACCCCACAGUCGGCCACGACUGGACUUAAUGGUCAGGGGUCCCUUUACCUUUACUUUAAGGAGUCUCAAGGGGUGCGGGCAGCGCUGUGCGUUAAACCACUGAGCCUAGGGCUUGCCGAUCAGAAGGUCGGCGGUUCGAAUCUCUGCGACGGGGUGAGCUCCCGUUGCUCGGUCCCUGCUCCUGCCAACCUAGCAGUUCAAAAGCACGUCAAAGUGCAAGUAGAUAAAUAGGUACCACUCUGGUGGGAAGGUAAACGGCGUUUCCGUGCGCUGCUCUGGUUCGCCAGAAGCGGCUUAGUCAUGCUGGCCACAUGACCCGGAAGCUGUUCGCCGGCUAAAGCGAGAUGAGCGCCGCAUCCCCAGAGUCGGUCACAACGGGACCUAAUGGUCAGGGGUCCCUUUACUUUUACCUUUUGUAAGUUGGGGAGGCACUGGUGAUGAGUUUACGGAACCAAGGGGUGUGGGGUGGCCCCAAAAGGUUGGGGAUCCACUGGCCUUCGCUGGCCGGCAGGGAUUUCUCCAGGGGUUCCAGGCGGGGGACUCGGGGAUGGAGCUUGGCUCCUUCUGCGCUCCAAGCAGGUGCUCUAACCCCUGAGGCUUUGUGUGUUGCUGCGGAGUCUUGGGAGUCACUCCUUUCCCCUUUCCUUUCUCUCCACUCUCCUCUCUGUGGCUGCCACAGACCUUCUGCCGCUGGCUGGAGAACUCGCUGAAGGGCUUACCAAAGGAAACAUCGGGGGGAGCCGUGCAGGUGACACACAAGCAGCUGACAGACUUCCACAAGCAGGUCACGAGGUCAGUGUGGUCUUCAGGGCUGGGUUCGGGGGGAGCUGGGGGGGCGAUUGGUCAGGCGGGGGUACCAGGGGUAAGUGUGUGUGUGUGUGUGUGUGAUCAGACGCAACAAGAUUCCUUGGACUAGAUCAGGGGUGUCCAGCUUCCAAGAGACUGCGAUCUACUCCCACUAUUAAUAUUAAUAAUAAUAAUAAUAACAAUAAUUGUUGUUGUUUAGUCGUUGAGUCGUGUCCGACUCUUUGUGACCCCCUGGACCAGAGCACGCCAGGCACUCCUGUCUUCCACUGCCUCCCGCAGUUUGGUCAGACUCAUGCUGGUAGCUUCGAGAACACUGUCCAACCAUCUCGUCCUCCGUCGUCCCCUUCUCCUUGUGCCCUCCAUCUUUCCCAGCACCAGGGUCUUUUCCAGGAGUCUUCUCUUCUCAUGAGGUGGCCAAAGUCUUGGAGCCUCAGCUUCAGGAUCUGUCCUUCCAGUGAGCACUCAGGGCUGAUUUCCUUCAGAUUGGAUAGGUUUGAUCUUCUUGCAGUCCAUGGGACUCUCAAGAGUCCCCUCCAGCACCAGAAUUCAAAAGCAUCAAUUCUUCGGCGAUCAGCCUUCUUUAUGGUUCAGCUCUCAUUUCCAUACAUCACUACUGGGAAAACCAUAGCUUGAACUAUACAGAUGAUAAUAAUAAUGAUAAUUAUUUAUUUAUUUAUACCCCGCCCUCCCUGGUCAGAGCCGGGCUCAGGGCAGCUAACACCAAUAAAAUUACAAUAAAAGAUAGUGGGGGGGGACACAAACAAAAAAACCAGUUUAUUAAAAUAUGCGUUAAAAUACAAUUUAAAAUACAGCCUCAUUUUAAUAGUUGCCCAUAGAUCAAAUCCAUAAGGGGAGGGAAACAUAAGGGUCAGACUGAGUCCAAACCAAAGGCCAAGGCGGAACAGCUCUGUCUUGCAGGCCCUGCGAAAAGAUGUCAAGUCCCGCAGGGCCCUAGUCUCUUGGGACAGAGCGCUCCACCAGAUCGGGGCCACAGCCGAAAAGGCCCUGGCCCUAGUUGAAAUAGAGUUGUUGAGCUUUUUUUGGUAGGGGGGUGAGUCAAAGUUGUUGAGCUUGUUUUAGGGUGCGAGAUCAAUCAGAGUUGUUGAGCUUUUUGGGAUAUCAACCGGUCGGACACUGGCUUCCAACUCGCUCACUGGCUUUAUGAAACUAUUAUCCUUGUGUGGAUCAUGAGCCAUUCAUUUCAUUGGCGAUUGUGAGAGUCAGGGGGCUUCACUGGGUGCCCUAUCUCAAUUUGUGUGUGUGUGUGUUAUGCCUGUUAAAAAGGUUUUUUUAAAAAGCUUGUCAUGCUAGGAGCAUCUUGGCUGCCCCUCUUUCUGUGCCAACUGUGGAGGGAAACCCUUCUUUGCCAGGAGAUUGCUGGGUCGGUGUGUCCCUCGGCUGGGAUUUCUCUCUCUCUCUCUUCCCGGUUGCCAGUCAGGUUUUUCUGGUCCUGCCAGUCCGGUUGUGCGGCUUUUGGGAGGGGGAAACCGCAAGGCUGCUUGGCCCCAGUCCUGCACCCUUUGCCAGUGCAGGGUGACUGGCUCAGGCAGGCCCAUGCCCAGCCCUAUCUGCUUCCGAGGCCCUGCGGCUUUGCCAGGGCUCCUUCCCCUUCGCCGGGGGUGUGUGUGUGCUGAAGCAAGCCCUGGCCUGUUCCUCCGUGCCACGCCUUGCCAGGCAGUUUGGCAAACGUCUCAGCACCCAAGUGCCACCCCAGCCUGCCUGCCUGCGGGGCUUUCCUUCCACCCCACGGCAUUCAGGGUCUCCUCCAGCUGGGGCAGGCGAUUUAUGCAGGGCUGCUGUGAACCUUUGCUUGCUCAACAAGAGCCUGGUGGGCAGAGGGCAGGGUGACCUGGUGCUUGGGGAUCCCAUGGUAGCCUUUCUCCUGCGUCCGAGUAAAGGAGGGAGCUUGGUGGGUUCCAUCUUGGGCACUGGAAUUCCAGGCUUCCUCUGGGAAUAUCUGGCCUGCUAAGGAGGCUAUUUCCACACACGCAACACAUUUGACCCUGAGCUUCAUCACCACUUAUUUAUACAGACCUCCGCCCAGUUCCCUAACCUCUGACUCAAGUUCCUGGUCCUCAGUUUUCUGCCCUGUUCGUUUUGUAGCUGCGCGGGGAUUUAGACGUGCCGUCCCGGGUCUCUGUUGCUCCCCGUCUCUGUGUGGUUUGCUCGCUCUCAGGAAAGCUGGUCUACUGGCGGCCGUUGGUACCUCACCCCGCAAUGUGUGGCUGCACGGUUCCUGGCCAUGCGCAGAGCGCUUCUUCUUCCCCUCCCCAAAUAACGGCCGCCUCCCUCUUUUCCUCUCUCCUCCCGCAGCGCCGAGGAGUGCAAACAGGUUUGCUGGGCUUUGAGGGACUUCACCAGAUUGUUCCGGUAGCCUGUGCCUCCUUCACUCUGCCUGUCUCCCAGGUGAGCAGAAUCUAACUUUUCCUCCCAAUUUUCUGUGCAUGUGGAGAGAGGCUUGAAUAUGGUGCCUUCCUUCUCCCGCUGGUCAGUUGCGCUGCCCUGGGCGUGGCGGCUCUGCUGCCGGCUGCCAUGUUUGACAGCUGUAAACACACAAGACGUAACCGGCUGUACGUUUGAAAAAAUAUAUACUAUUCGUUGUAUUGAAUUGUAGAUUUCAACAGAAGUAGCUCAUAAAGUUCAAUGAAAAAAGUAGAAGACCCAGUGGAUCAGUUCAUUCUCUAAUCAGUUAAUGCAUAAGGUCCAUAUAUGUGAAAGUGUCUAUUCCACCUGUCUGUUCAUAGAGUCCAACAAUCCACACGAAAGAUUGUUGCAGUUCCACAGAAUCCUUAGACUCUGUGAAAGGAUUUCCAUAAUAUUAGCCUUGUUUCGCCAUCCUAGGCUUCAUCAGUAGUACAAACAGUAGUAGUUACAGCAGCUACUACUAUGCUAUAAGAUCCACUGUCCUGUGAUAUCAUACAUGCGUUUGUAUGGACUCUAUGAACACAGGUGGAAUAGACAUUUUCCAUACAAUGAAUACUAUUAUUUUAUUUUUUCAAACAUACAGCCGGUAACGUCUUGUGUGUUUAUUGAAUGUUUCACGUAACCAGAGGUUUGUUGUUGUUUUGUGCAUGUUUGACAGCUGGGCAGCGGGUGGCCGCCUGCCAGGGAUUGCUAGGGGUCAGUCUAGAUGGCUCUCAGGGGUCCCCUUCCAACAGAUCCAUGCCCCCUCAGUUAAUGGCCAACCCAAAGGGGCUGUUUGUGUGGCAGGGAGUGGGGUGGAUUGUGUGUGGCCUACAAGUUCUGUGCCAAAGGACUUUUGUAGCCCAUUUGGUUUGAGAGGUUGGUUCGCCUGGUGUAGAUAAUUCUGAGUUUGUUAGAUGGACCAGGGAUUGAUGACUGAGCUCAAGUCACCUUCCAGCGUUUCUAUGAGAUUCUUGAUGCAGAAAAGAUGCUGACUCCCUCGCAGUGUACGAAACUAGCCAGGCGCCAGGUGCGUUUUCCGACCGGCGUGGACCCAGUAGCAACCACAUGGCGAUCUUUGAAUGCCUGGUUGGCAACUGGGGAAAGCAAAACGUCGCUUAGAGAAGGACCUGAAAUAUUUUCCUUGAAGCUGGGAUUAGUUUUAUUCUGGAUUGUUUUGUUUGAUGUUUGGAUGUGUUGUAAACUGCUUUAGAGAUUUGUUCGUAAGAAAAUAAAGCGGUAUAGAAAUGAAAUUAAUAAUACAGUGGUACCUCCGGUUGCAAACAGGAUCCGUUCUGGAGGACCGCUUAUGCGCAUGCGCACGGCGCGGUUUAGCACUUCUGCGCAUGCACGUAGAGCGCUUCCGCACAUGCGUGCACGGCGAAACCCAGAAAACUACUUCCGGGUUUGCCGCAUUCGCAUCCGGAAGUUUACGUAUCCAGAAGGAUACGUAAGCGGAGGUACAACUGUAAUAGUAAUACAGUGGACGUUCGGGUUGCGAACGUGAUCUGUGUGGGAUGCAGGUUCACAACCCGCGUCUGUGCACACACUGGUUGCGAUUCAGUGCUUCUGCGCAUGCACGACUGCCUAAACCCGGAAGUAACCUAUUUCAGUACUUCCGGGUUUCGGCAGUCCACAACCCGAAAAAACACAACCUGAAGCGGACGCAACAUGAGAUAUGACUGUAAUAAUAAUCCCAUCAGAGGGGGAAACUUGAACAUACAUAUUUUAGCAACCGCAGCCUAGGUUUAAUUGCCAUUUGGCGAUCAGAUUAUAUAUCUGAGUUUCUAACACUGCCUCUCCUCUGCCUUUUUUUACGGCUCCUCCUCCUUCCCCCUUUCCCAGGAAUGUCUUAUUUUCAGAAGAGGAAAUAAAACUACCAAGACAGUGUCCCACAACCAGCAAACUUCAUGGCGGCUGAGGGCUCUGACUCACUCUGCUGUGUCCCGCCAAUCCGGAAGAGACACUUUGCCGCGAGAACGAGUCGGUGAAGUUCCUGCUUGUGAGUGCGAGAAAGAGAGAGAGAGAGAAAAAGAGAUAAAAACGCGAAAAAAAACCAUAAAAUCCCGGGGGGCACAACUUAUCCGCGAAUAUCGAUGGCUGCAACUGACCUACGGCGUCGCGGGGGGAGGGGGAGCCUGCUUUUUCAGAUGGACUUGCUUUAAAAAAGAGAGAGAAAGAGAAAGAGGGAAAGAAAGAAAGAGGGGGGGAAAAGAGAAAAAAAACCAUGAAAAGGAAAAUAGUAAUAAAAUGUUUUAAAAACAACAACAGAAAUAUGAAACAAUAGAAAACUAAUUUGCCUGGAAGCAAAAAAAAAAAAAAAGAUGGAAAAAAUGCAAAACAAAGUAGUAAACUUUCUGUGAAAUGAAAAUAAAAAUGAUUACUUAAGGAUCCAUUCGGGAUUAAGAAACAAAAACCAAACACCUAUCUAAGAAACCCAAUAGUCUGCCCUGCAGGGGAUGGGGGAAUGGGGCGAAGGGGCUUAGUCCAAGGUGGUUGUUGUGGUUUUGCAAAGCCCCACCCUCCUGAUUUCCAGAGCUCUGUCUCUCCCCCCCCCCCCGAGUCCCAAAGGAAAGAUCGGGUGGAAUCCCAGGGUCUUUGGGGGGUUGGCAGAGGAGGGCCCACACAGAGAAGGGUUAGGGAAAACCUAGACCCCCACCCCACCAACGUGUUUGCUUACUUUGAUAAAACAGUUAUAAUAUAUAUUAUAUUAUAUAUAUAUAUAUAUAUUCUUUUUUAAAAGUUGAUUUGGGUUUUUUGGAAAAUUUGGUUUAAAUCUGUUUGGGAUUUUUUUUUUUAAACCGCUUUGGAGGGGUGGGAAGGGGCUUCGCGGGGGGGCGCUCUGGAGGACCGAGAGGGGGGCGGGCAGGCUAUUUCGUUAAAACCGAUCCCGGCAGCGACUCCGGUGUGGGGGGAGACACAGAGAGAGAGAGGGAGUCGCGGGCCCCGCGCAGACAUUGAGGCAGGAAAUGGGGGGGGGGGGGUGCUGUUCCGUCUGGUGUUGUAGCCAUCUCGAGAACAAGAUUUAAAAUAUUAAAAAAAAAACACGCAAAAAAAAGAGAAAAGAAAUAAAAACACGAAAAAGUUGAAACUGCAGCUGUUCCAGUAGCUUUUUUGCCCUAAGGGCUUGUGGGAGCGGUUGGGGUUUGCGGUUUACAUUAUGCCUCCUGUCCCUUUUGUCGACGGCCUUCCUUGAUUUGACCAUCACAGAAUCCUGAAGGGCACAGAGCAGCCCAUUCUUUGAGGUUAGACCAGUGCCCAUCCCCACACUAGCCCCUAGUUUCGUGUGGGUCUGUGCGCUCUCGUCUCUAUCACUUGCACGAAUUCAUGCCUCUGCCUUGUCCAGCCCCGUGUUCGAAAUCAGCCAUGCGCGUUAUGCAAGUGGCGCGGGUCCUAUUGCGGCCACACGGGGAUUUCUGUAUGCCCGCUUGGCGACUGGGGGAAGCAAAACGUCACUUAGAGAAGGAACUGAAAUGCAGUGGAC